GACACCAAAGUAUGGGCUGAGGGACACUAUAUAGUUAAGAAUACAGUUUUGUACUCAUAAUCCUGUCGUGUUCCUUUGACCCCCUUAAGGACCAAACUUCUGGAAUAAAAGGGAAUCAUGACAUGUCACACGUCAUGUGUCCUUAAGGGGUUAAACCCUUAAGGACGGAGGCUCGUACAAUAUCUAAUUAAAACAAAAUCUGGAAUUUAAGCUAUAUAUCUUUUGAAGCAUAAUUUAUCUCUUUCAUAUUAACUACACCCACAUUUAUUAUUUAUAAUUUUGUUCAGGAGAAAUAGGGCUAUCAUUUCACAUCAAAUAUGUAUAUAUGAAACAUAACUUAAUAUGAAUAAAAUCUAAAAAGUAUGAAGAACUUUUGUCUGCAUGAUAUUUUAGCUGUAAUACUGUUACCUUUUACUGCAAUAAAGCACACAUGUUUGUUUUCAUCGAUGUAUGGGUUUCAUUGUGGUUUGGAAAGUUAAAUUAGGAUUAAAUACAGGAAUUGCAAAUAAAAUUCUCUGGACUUUCUGCCAGGCAGUCCACCUGCAGGCAGUGCUUUGAACUGCCAUUCUGGCCAUAUGAUUGUGAUGUAUAUGUGGGCAGAAUACUCUGACCCUAAUGAGUGGAGAAAAUGGGAAGAGUAGGGUCUAGUUGGAUAAGACCGUGGCUAAAAGUGAUCUCAACUAGUAUAAGAGGCCCCCCAUAAAGGCUAGGAAAAGUAAAUAAAUAGUUAUAGGUGCAAAGCCCUAAACGUACCAGGAGAUCUAAUACCAAAUCCUUGCGUAGAGAGAAAUAUAACAGAACAUCAAAGCAUAAGUACAAAAUAAAAUAAAAAAUGAAAAAUAGGUGAAAUUAGAAAGUAUGUAUAAAAAGAAUAUGUAUAAAAAGAAGUGGAUGGGUGAAAACAGAUAGUGAGUGAAUGGGCAGUGGAAAACCAGUAAAAGAGGAGGUCUGUAGAUAAGACUAAUGCGGGCAUAUAAAGAAGUGGGAAAAGAGAGGGGAACUAAGGGGAGUGGAAACUGCUGGGGGGAUGAUUGGCCAUAUGGUGAAUACGAUAUGUAGCAGCAGCAAUAAAAAAUACAAAAUGCAGUAAAAAACAAUGACAAAAAAUAAAAGCCAGAAAAAAUAAUACAGAUAAUACAAAUGGAUUAUAUUGAUAAAAAUAGGAGUAAAAUACUGGAAAAAAUACAGUGCUAAAAUAAAAGAGUCCAAUAAAUGUCUAAAGAGCAGCCAAUAUCGAAAAAAUAGUCCAAUCAGCUUGUAAAGUCUUGAGUUCAAAAGCAGAAUAAAUUCUGUGGAAACAAUGUAACCGAUGAUACAGGAUGCUUAUAACCAAAUCAUGAUUGGCAAUAGCCACAAUGUAUCAAUAACUGUAAUAAUAUACCCACAGUGGUAAAUAGCAAAUACAGUCGUUCUGAUAAAGCAGCUGAAGCCACAAUUCAAUAUCUAGAUCACUGGAACAGAUCUGUAGUGUCUUAAUCUCUCCAUAAGGAAUCUGUCAAAGACAGCUGUGACGAGAGCAAUCUCGCCACAUUGCAUUGGAGAAGCCUGGUUGCUCGCCUGUUGCCUUUGGAUUGUGGACCCAUGUUAAAAGACUUCUUUUCCCCUGCAGAAAAUACUUAUUCGUGCUUUUCUGCCCGGUGUUCGGUAGAUUCAACCUACUGAACUAACACACGAAUGACUGGACCACCUGGGAGCUGGAGUGUGUUGGCUAUUACACUCCCAGAAGGUGAGGUUAACCGCAGCUUAAUUGACGAAUACUGGGUGGCCGCCAUUCGUAUACCGAACACGAGGUCGCGGCCAUUUAAAACACGCGAACGCACAGCGGUGUUCGACGCCCAACUCAUGGAACUGAAAACGGAUGCAUUUUGGUGCGAACCCCGCUGAAGCCGCCGACCUCCCUUCUUGUUCGGUAGAAGUGCACGAACGGCCCUGUAUUCGGUAGUUGUACCUGACUACACCAUACCCCAGAUAGGAAUCCCGUGGAGCUCAUUCGUAUGAGAACUGACUUUGUGAACACUUUGGCUCCAUGUCGAUUAAACUGUAUCCGUGUGGUCUGAGCGCCAUUCGCUUAAUAAUGUGCACUCAGACCUGAGCUAUCUGGGGAUAUGUUAAAUGUAUAUAUGUAUUGUAAUCUUUCUAACAUGGGGGAUUUUAACAGUAAUUCCUGUAUUGGUAUCCCCACGUGCAUAAUGGCGAUUUGCCUUUGUCCUGGGAGAUAAUUGAAUUACUUCUCAAUUAUCUCCAGGGCAGAGGGGAGGAAGCCAGGAUGCAUUGUGGGAAUAUAACGUGACUGUGUGUCCUAGAUUGAUGCUUGUCUGUCCUUUGUUACAGUCAUAAAUACUGGGCAGGUAGCCCUCAUUUGGAGUGCUAUAUUGUAUGCAGUUCGGGAGUUUGGAGUGCUAUAUUGUAUGCAGUUCGGGAGUUUAGAGCAUUCCCUUAUAUGCAGUUCGGGAGUUUGGUGUUCUACAGUAGCUGUGCCUGUAUCUCUGGAAGGGGAAGAUCUUCUAAAUGGCGGUUUAACCCUUUUAUGCUGAGGGUGCCGUUACAACAGCAAACACCCAUUGUGUUUAAGACACUACAGAUCUGUUCCAGUGAUCUAGAUAAUGAAUUGUAGCUUCUGCUGCUUUAUCAGAACGACUGUAUUUGCUAUUUACCACUGUGGUUAUAUUAUUACAGGUAUUGAUACAUUGUGGCUUUUGCCAAUCAGAAAUAACAUUUUAUUAAAGGGACACUGUAGUCAUCAGAAGCACUACAGUUUUAAUGUAGUGGUUCUGGUGCCUAUAGUCUGUCCCUGCAGGCUGUGCACUGUAAACGCUGCCGUGUCAGAGAAAAAGCAGUGCAAACAUUGCUGCCUAUUCGCUAAGCACAGGCACAUGGGACAUUUAGGGUCAAAUUAGGAUUAGAAUUAGAAUUAGGAAUUUAGGAGCAGAAGGAACAGCUGAUCCGCAUCACUGGAUGUGACAUGGGGUAGGAAAUCUUCCGAACCAUGUGAUCCCAAUGACAUCGCAAUCACAUGGCUGCAAUGGCAAUCUAAUGUAUUGCCUGGGUUGUCAGGCAGAUCCCCAGAGCUGAAAUAAUGAAAAAUAUUAUCACAAUCAAUAGUACUCGUGUACUUGUGAGACAUCACUGAACACAACUAUGUGUAUUUUAUUGUACUGUAAGAGCUGUUAUGACAUUCACAGUUAAGAUACAAUGCAGAAGUUGAAAAAUAAUAUUUCUUAAUUUGAAAUAAGUGAAAUAAAAGUCAAGUUUCUCUAGAACAAAGUGAAUUCCCCCUCUUAUGAAAGAGGUAAAUUAUGGUUCAACAGACAUAUUGUCUAAUUCCAGGUUUUGUUUUGAUCAGAGAGUACAAUUGCCUCCAUCCUUUUAGCAAAGUGCUAAAAUGCCAAAAAAUCUUUAAAAGCGCAUAGAAAUAAAAUGAAUUAUAUAAUAUACACUGGACAAAGCAUAGUGGGAAAUAUUAAAGAGACACUAUAGUCACCAGAGCAACUACAGCUUAAUGUAAUUGUUCUGUGCACUGUGUGUCCUGUAUUAUUGAGGAAUUGUCCAUGAGGUAGUCCCUAACAAGGACGGAAUGUGUAGGACUUAGCACUUUCCUACCAGGGUGACAUACUUCACCUUCAACGGUGUAAUUAAAUAAAUGUGCAUUGUGCACUUUAACUUUACAACCUUUUGAACUGAUUUCACUUUGCCUUUUUUGUCAUUACCACAAUUAAAUCUCAUCUCUACCAAUCAUUUCUGAAGGCUGUUUAUUUGGCUUUAAAGUGUGAGUAGCGAAUUGGCAUUUAUAUUUUUUUAAAAAUUAUAUUAUAUAGUUUUGCAUGUUGUGCUGUCUUCAUCUAUCCUAGCAAAAAAGACUCUAUAUUUAACCAAGGCAGUCCCCCUACAGGCAGAGCACCAGACAGCCGAUCCGGCAUGUGAUCGCAAUUUUAUCGCAAUCAUAUCGCACAGAAAGGCUGGUUAAGCUGCAGGGGGACUGCCUGGGUUGUCUCCCUGAAGAGAAUCACUGAGGAGGGCAUUAGUUAAUUAGACUACCCUUUGCUUGCUUUGCUUCCUCUUAACCCUCCGCCAGAACCAAUGCAAUUGGGUUCUACCAAAUUGCCUGAGGAGGAAAAUCAACGCAGAAAGAGGGAAGGCUUAUGCCUAUCACUUAAGGAACACCUGCCCUGACCUUCAGGGAAAUGCCAGCACCUAAGCGAGGGGCUGGCCUUGGGUGUUAUGAAGUUAUCCCCUCAAGGUGACUCAACUAGACCAUAUGAAACGGUCAAGCUGCUUGUAAAAGGUAAUACCAUCAUCACCACGGCUCCGAUCGAUCCAGGUGCAGCAGGUUACUUUAUGGAUCAGCCUUUCGCUGAAACCUCUGCCCUGACUCUGAUCAGGAAACCCACAUCCUUGGGCUCUCGAUGUUUACAACACCGCUAUGAAACUAUGUAACUGUGUAACUAUUUCAGUUUCUUUCAUGAUUUACGAUCCCAAUUUUAAUACUUGUCCUAUUGCCUUAUUUUGUUGCCAUAACUUGUCUCCCCUAUCUAAGUUAUUAAUCUGGAUGCAAUAAACAAGUCUAUUUCUGUCAUACUCAGGAACUAAAAAUGUAUUAUGGGAUUUAUUUGGAAUUUCUAUAGAUUGCAUGUAACUUUACACGCAUUCCAACAGAGAGCCUAAUAAAAAUAGGACGUUAUAAGUUUAUCUUAUUUCCUCUUCUUUACAAUGGUUUUCCCAGAUACAUGCAGAUCAUGGAAUUAAAUCGAACUAUUCAGACGUAGAAUAAAUAUGCAGCUCUUAUGCCACCAUUAAGAGAAACUAACUAUAACUAAUAAACAGUACACACAUUAUUGACAAAAGAAAAUGCUUGGAAACAAAGACAUGUAUUUUUCCAGGAUUAAUUUGCUUGAACUGCCUAAUGCCAAAUACUUAAUUGUAUAAUUUAACCAAGAGAGGAAAGGAUACACAUUUCUAUGUCAGUAUCCUGUUCUGUUAAAUCACUUCAUUAUUAAUAACUAUUUACCCUCAUUAUCAGACGUUCUGUAAGAAUCCCAGAAAAGGAUAGAAUGACUCCCCCAAUGACCGUGGUGCUGCACGGAGCAAGCACAACCAAAUAACAUUCCAGGACUUUAGGGACAAGCUUGUGAUGACGACAGAGCGUACCAUUUUGACUCUGAAAGGACAAACAUAAAUAUUUAUCUGUUGGGACGAAUUUCAGAUACUGUGUGAUAUUUCUUAAGAGAUGGAGUCCAGGCUGAUGUUAGUGCUGUAUUUUCUGUGUGUGAUCUGCUCAUGUUAUCAAGCUCAGAGUAACAAUGGGACAAAUGGUGAGUAGGAGGUCAUCGGAUACACGCUACUUUAAAAUAAUUAACUAAACCUAUCAGAGAUAUUACCGUGUUUAAUGACGAUAAAAAAUCAUGUAUUUCUUGCAAUUUCAAUAUUAGAGGUGGUAAUAUUUCUUAGCACUGUACAAGUAUUAAAUUACAUUGUUCAUCAAAUGUUGCCAAGGGGAUUAACAUCCAGAAUGUAUUUUCUCUCAUAUUUAUAAAUACAAGGAAAUUGUUCUCUCUAGGUUUACAGAAAUGAAAAGGGAAACUACUAACCCCUUUGCAAAAUUCUGUGCAUCAGUGACUGAGGACUUUUUCCACUUUUGCUGUGUUCCAAUGUACUUUCCUGCUUUUCUAUUACAUAUAAAUAUAUAAAAUUAUAUAUAUGUAGAUAGAUAGAAAUAAAUAGAUUAUUAUUAUUAUUGUUGCCAUUUAUAUAGCGCCAACAGAUUCCGUAGCGCUUUACAAUAUUAUUAGAGAGGGGGAUUUAACUAUAAAUAGGACAAUUACAAAAAAACUUACAGGAACGAUAGGUUGAAGAGGGCCCGGCUUAAACAAGCUUAUAGUUUAUAUAUACACACACACACACACCUAUUAUAUGUAUAUAAAACAAAGGAAUAUUUUGAACAACUAAUAAGUAACAGAUAGCUUAUAUUAAAAACAAAACAAAAACUCAAUGGUCAUAUAGAUAGAUAGAUAGAUAGACAGACAGACAGACAGACAGAUAGAUAGAUAGACAGAUAGACAGAUAGAAAAGGAGAAAUAACAGAAUGAAGGAUUGAUCGCCUCGUAAGGGAAACGGGCUGAUCACCUCCAAGCCACCCCAAAAUAACGUCUCAAAAAUAAUAAACAAUUUUAUUAGGAAAAACCUUAUUAAAAUCAAAGAAGAGAGAACACACCUAUCAAUAGGUAAAUAACUAGAGCCUAAUGAUUACAGAGUAUGGCUAAUUUGCAUAUGUAUAUAAUGUAACAAACUCUUAUUAGUAGAGUAUAGGAUGAUAAUACAUGUAUAAGUGUAUAAGGACCAUAGACCGUGCACUUUAAGCCCAAUGCAGAAUAUAGAAUAUGGCUAAAUAGUACAUAUAAAUACUGUAAUAAACUCUUUUACAAUAGAGUAAUAGAUAAUUAUAUAUGUAGGUGUAAAAAGCCAUAAUUCCUGCACUUAAAAUCUAAUAGCUGCAGAGUGUAGGUAAAUUGACCAUGUGUGAAUGUAACAAACUCAUUAUGGAGUAAAACAAUAAGUAACAAUACAUGCCACAAUAAUAGCCAUAAACUCUGCUGCUAUACCUACAGGGUUAUGCUGUAAAUGGAAAUCGAAAGGAUAGAGAAGGGCAUAAAUAGGAGAAGAAAAAUAAAGCAGAAAGACCUAGUUAUAGAUCUAAAUAGAAAAGACUAGGUCUAAAUGCAUAAACCCAAUAAACAGCCCAACUAUCCCUAUAUAAGAUAUCCAGAGCUAAAAAAUCGCUCAGUGCUACUAAACCACAAUGCAGGAAAAAGGACAAAAGAAAAUAAACUAAAUUAAAUACAUAAGCAGCCCAACGCGCGUUUCGGUGGAUUAACCACCUUUCUCAAGGGCACAAAGUAAAGUGAAGCAAACAGAACAUUCCCCCUCGAUCCAUUUAAAUAUUGGUAGUACCUCCCAGCUCAUCUAAUUAGUCAGAGUGCGUCCAUACAGAAACUCCGUCUCAGGGGAGGAGGGGCAGAGAUGACAGCACGUAUCGCAAGUCCCAACGCAUGCGUAUACAUAUAUAUUAGCGCGCAGGCGCGGGGACUUAGUAUCAGACUGAGUGCCGUGCGAAACGCGCAUGUCAUAAAUCCACGCAUGCGCACAUGAUGAACCCAGUGUACAAAGUAUCAGUUCGUGCGCAUGCGCACAUGCGCACAUAGUGAACUCAAUAUACAAAGUAUCGGUUCGUGCGCAUGCCAAUAUAUGAACUAAGUACCAAAUCAUCCUAUUUCGAUUAAGGAAACAGGAUGCUACUCAGUUUAAUGUACGGGCAAAUAUAGUUACAAAUGGUAACAAUCACUCCAUGUGUGGACAAAAAAGAGAGGUAGAAGGCUAAGACGGUCCAAAUAUGGAAUAAAAGGAGGAGGGGGUUCCAAAAUAUUACUAAUAAAUAAAUAAACAAACACCAAAAAAAAGGAUAUUAGGUUCCCAUCAUAUUUACAGUUGACCACACACAUAUAUUAUAGAGAGACAAAAGAGUGGUAAAGAAUACUAAUAACAGAUAAAUAAGAUAAAGUGAUACUAGGCUGAAUAUAAAGAUAUAUAUAUACAUCUCCAUCAUUAUCCAAUGAUAUAUAUAUAUAUAUAUAUAUUAGAGCAGAAACGGCAAUACCUCCAUCAAUCUAUAAUUAUUGACAUAAUCUAUAUCUAUAUUAAAUUGGUACAGGGAAAAGAAAGUGCAUAUGCAUAUACAGUGGUGUAUCCUGGUUUUGUGCUGCCCUAGGCAGGACAAAACUCAGGCGCUCCCCCCGCCCACCCCACCCAACCCUUCCCCACCCCACCCAUACACACACACACAUUCAGACACAAACACACACAGUCAGACACACACACACACACACAGUCAGACACAUACACAGACACAAAGACAGUCAGACAGAAACACAGUCACACAAACACACACACACACAGUCAGACACAAACACACACACACAGAUACAAACACACACACAGUCAGACACAAACACACACACAGUCAGACACACACACACACACACACAGUCAGACACAAACACACACACACACACACAGUCAGACACACACACACACACACUCACAAACACAGUCAGACACAAACACACACACACACACAGUCAGACAAACACACACACACACACACACAGUCAGACACAAACACACAACACACACACAGUCAGACACAUACACACACACACACACACAGACACAUACACACACACACACACACACACAGUCAGACACACAUACACAGUCAGACACACACACACACACACAGUAAGACACACACACACACUCACAAACACACAAACACAGUCAGACACAAACACACACACAUACACAAUCAGACACAAACACACACACAGAGUCAGGCACAAACACACACACACAGUCAGACACACACACACAUUAACUUUUUUAUUUAAAUCCCCCCCCAACCUCCUUACCUUUGGGAGUGCUGGGGGGGGUCUCUCUCCCUGGUGGUCCGGUGGCUGCAGGUCAGGCGGGCGGUGCUGACAGGCGGGCGGCCGGCGAGGGUGCACUACCUAUGAGCUGACUGCUCAGCUCCCUCGCGCGCCGGCUGCAGAGUGAGCUGGGAGCCGGAAGAUGACGUCAUCUUCCGGCUCCCAGCCUCACUGUGCGGCCGCGAGGGAGCUGAGCAGUCAGCUCAGGGGAAGUGCUCCCUCGCCGGCCGCCCACCUGCCUGGGAUGUCAGUUAGCCGCAAGGCUAACUAGGCAUUUGCCCUGGGCAUUUGGGGGGCGGCGUUUUUUGCCGCCCCCUGAAAAAUGCCGCCCAAGGCAAAUGCCUUGUUUGCCUCGCGGCUAAUACGCCCCUGUGCAUAUAUGUACACAUAGAGGAACUACGUACAUGUAUAUGGAUAUAUACAGUAUAAUAUUCAAAUGAUAGCAUUCUAUAAGAAACAGGUUAUAUGAACGGGGCAAAGGAGAAGCCCUCAUUAAGACCUAGAGGUUGAAGUAUCUUAAGUUCAUAGAUCCAUCUUGACUCCCUCUGUCUUAAUACUUUGUCAUAAUCCCCACGUCUCGGGGUCCUUUUAACCAACUCCAAACCACAAAACCUAAGGUUAUUGGAGUCCCCCUGAUGAUAUUCUUUGAGGUGUCUCGAUAUGGGUGUCUCGAGGCGAUUAGACAGAUAGAUAGACCACCCGCAGGGGCAUAUUAGCCGCAAGGCAAACAAGGCAUUUGCCUUGGGAGGCAUUUUUCAGGGGGCGGCAAAAAACGCCACCCCCCAAAUGCCCAGGGCAAAUGCCUAGUUAGCCUCGCGGCUAACUGACAUCCCGAGCGGGCGGGCGGCGCUGGCAGGCGGGCGGCAGGCGAGGGAGCUCUUCCUCUGAGCUGUCCGCUCAGCUCCCUCGCGCGCCGCAGAGUGAGGCUGGGAGCCGGGUUGAUGACGUCAUAUUCCGGCUCCCAGCCUCACUCUGCGGCGCGCGAGGGAGCUGAGCAGUCAGCUCAGAGGAAGUGCUCCCUCGCCAGCCGCCCGCCCAGCAGCCAGUGCCGCCCAGCAGCCACUGGACCACCAGGGAGAGAGAGGGCAGCACAAAACCAGGAUACACAUAUAAAACAUGCCAAAAAUACACAGAAAAUAUCCAUGAACCCCCUCAAAUUCUAUAUCCUCGGAUAGCCUGGAUCUUAGCCAACAACAUAUCCAAAAAGUGCUCAGAUCCCAUGAACACAGACGAAACGCCACUGGGGUAAGGUUUUGACCGACCGCACACGAGGCUCCUGCCCAAAAUAGAUCCAUGAAAUCAGUGCUAGCGAUCGGUAUCUUUUGGGAAUACAAAAGUGAACAAAAUACUGAACAUAAUACAUAAUUACAAUGUGUAUUUUGUUCACCUCAUCCAUGCGAAGGAUUUCACCGAACAGUGCCCUUCUAGGUUGUGUAGAAACGAAUGCAGGCGAUGAUGGAAGUCCAGUGGAGGUUCUGUGUCCGAUUUUAGUUCCAUGAGCUCGACGCCCAAACACUUCCUGCGUUUGUGGGAACAAGAUGGCCGCCAUGUCGUGGUCAUUCAUAUAAGUCCAGCUGUGUUUGGGACUUUCAGUGUCCGAUUUUAGUUACCGUGUGCUUGUUAAGUCCAAUUGACACCUUGUAGCAAUUUCCACCUCCACCCAAGCGCUAGGGUGGUAUGCAGCCCGGCCUGACCAGUGGAUGGCUGAGGACUGUAUGCCAAAGGGUGAGGACUAUAAUGGCCCAGGCUUAUUGUGGGAAGCCUUUGAGAAAGACAUUAACUUUGGUAGCUCGGCAGAAUUUCGACUCUGGGAAAUCCACAGUACUAGGGAAGCCCUGAUGGAUCUUCCUAGAACUGACGACUUCACAACCAGCUCCAGAAAUAGAAGACCUUAUAGACUGGUCCUGGGAAGAUAUCCAGUUGGCUGGUGGAAGUGGGACCAAGGUCUCUACAUCAACCCUACAGGGAUACGGAGAAGACUUCCCAGAUCUCCUGCAGCAGAGUAAGCUCCAGGGAGAGGAGACAACUGGUCCCUCUCCCCCACCCCAGCUGGAGAUGCCUGGGAGUGGGGACAGUCGGUCCUACUCUACAGCAGCAGCAUACAUUACAGGGAGAGGAGACAACCAGUCGCUCUUCCCAGUGGCAGCAAGAGAUACCGGGAGAGGCAACAACUGGUCCCUUGCCCCAACCACAGUGGGAGCUCAUGGGAGUAGGAACAACCAGUCCCACUCCCCAGUGGCAGUGCCUGUUAUCAGGGGACAGGACACCUGGAGCAGAUGGUACAGAUGGGACCAAGGUCUCUGCACCAGUCCUACAGGGAUGCUGGGUCGCCUUCCUAGAUCCCCAACCAUAGCUGGAGUGACAGGGAGAGGAGACAACCAGUCUCUCUCCAAAAAAAAGCAACCAGCAUCACUGGAAGUGGAAACAACUGGUCCCACUUCGCAGCAUCAGCAGGCAUCUUUGGAAGUAGAGACAACAGGUCUCUCUCCCCAGCAGCUGUGCAUUCUUCAGGGAGGGGAGACAACUGGUCCCUCUUCCCCCCAGCAGCAAGCAACACUGGGAGUGGAGCCAACUGGUCUCCCUCCCCAGUGACAGUGCCUGGCGUUAGGAGUCACCAGUGAUGAAGGACGCUACCUACAAAGCAAAGUAGACUUAUCAGGGCAGAGCGUGGCACAGGAGGCUACCGGUCAGCUAUUUGUUUUUGGGUGGGCUUCUCGACUACCUGGUUAGUCUUCCCUUGGGUGGGGGUUUUGUGGCAAACGUGACCUCGCCACGGGCUCCUGGAGAAGCCUGCUUUCCAGCCUCCUGCCUCUGGACUAUGGGCCCUGCAGAAAGAACAGUAAAGUACAUUUUAAAUGGCUUGGUUCGUGUAAUUUCUGAACAAACGCACGAACCAGGGACCAUCCGUGUGCUUGUUAAGCCCAAUCGACACUUGUAGCGAUUUCCACCUCAGUGUUCUAAUUGUUCAUCUGGGUGGCCGCAGUUCGUAUGAACGACCACGAGGUGGCAGCCAUCUUGUUCCCAUGAACCCAGGCAGCAGUGUUUGAGCGUCGAGCUCAUGUAACUAAAAUCGGACACUGAAAGUCCCAAACACAGCUGGACUUAUAUGAAUGACCACGACAUGGCGGCCAUCUUGUUCCCACAAACGCAGGAAGUGUUUGGGCGUCGAGCUCAUGGAACUAAAAUCGGACACAGAACCUCCACUGGACUUCCAUCAUCGCCUGCAUUCGUUUCUACACAACCUGGAAGGGCACUGUUCGGUGAAAUCCUUCGCAUGGAUGAGGUGAACAAAAUACACAUUGUAAUUAUGUAUUAUGUUCAGUAUUUUGUUCACUUUUGUAUUCCCAAAAGAGACCGAUCGCUAGCACUGAUUUCAUGGAUCUAUUUUGGGCAGGAGCCUCGUGUGCGGUCGGUCAAAACCUUACCCCAGUGGCGUUUCGUCUGUGUUCAUGGGAUCUGAGCACUUUUUGGAUAUGUUGUUGGCUAAGAUCCAGGCUAUCCGAGGAUAUAGAAUUUGAGGGGGUUCAUGGAUAUUUUCUGUGUAUUUUUGGCAUGUUUUAUAAAUUGUUAUAGUUUUUGUCACUGAGAGAUAAUUAAAUUAGACGUGUUUGCUCAGGUAAUUAUCUCUCAGGCACAGAGGAUCAUGGGAGGGAUUUCCCUGUAAUGUUGUAUUGGAAACCCCUUGCAGGGGCUUUUGCAUAAAAGGCCGUGUGUGACCUCUAAUAAACUAGACUACUCCCAGCAUUAAGCCUCGGCUCAUCUGUGGAGGGAACAGCUAUACUGCUAUAAACACUGCUAUACCUGCUAUACUCUCUUGGAGGAGAGAUCUUCCCACUGGGAGCUGGAUCCAGGUGUUGGUCCAGGGUGGGAAAGGAUGGAAAGACCCCAGCCAAGCUGCGGCGUCUAAGGGGGGAGCUUAUGGUACUAGGUGACUACUAGGAAGUGCGAUUGGCGGAGGUACCCAGUCAGGGUGCCAGGCGGUCCACCACAAAGACCAUCUUCUCUCUUCUCAUGGGAAUGCAAUGCAUGUUAAUUAACAGUGUUAGAGCAAAGCAUGUCAAAGGCAGUUCAUGGCCCUCUGCCCAGAAGAAGCUCAGCUGGUGUUUGUCCAACUUCUGAGGUGAUAUGGACCUCUGGCUUGUCGUAGUCACUGUGGUCUUGAAGUAGUUCUUGAAAGUCUGUACGAACCACUCUGCUUGACCAUUGGUUGCUGGGUGGUAAGGAUUGUUUUGAUAUUAUGAACAGUAAUAAAACUCUGGAAAUCAUGGCUUGUGAAUUGGGCACCAUUAUCUGUAACAAUCUCCCUGGGAUACCCAAACAUGUAAAGAGGUGCAAUAAUAUAGCAAUAGCUGUUUUUACAGUUGGUUGGGUAAUUGGAAUGACCUCAGGCUUUUUUUGAGUGGGCAUCAGUUAUAAUCAAGAAGGUUUGUACUCUUAUGGGACCCUGCAAAAUCCAAGUGAAGGCAAAACCAGGGAACCACGGGCCAAGUCCAGGGCUUAAUACAUCUUUGUGAAGGGUGGUUUGUGCACAUCCUACACAAGCAUUGCCACAUGCUGUGACAUCUAUGUUUGGCCACCAUAGUUAACCUUUUGCUUUCUGUUUCAUCCUUGUGGUACUAGGGUGACCAGUAUGUCUAUUGUUUUUAGAAUGAUCACUUGCUUUCUGUCACGGCUUACCUUUAGUUGGGAGUCCGGUAGGCAGAGAUUAAUGCUCAUCCUUGCAAUUAAACACAGGCCAAGGAGGUCAGGUAAGAAUUCACCUGGCCUGUGAGUCUGUACACAGGGGCUGUGCAUGAUAUUGAUCCAAGUCGUGGUACAGGUAAGGACACAAACAGGAGAAUCGUCAAGGGUAAGUCAAAGUCAGAGGAUGCCAGAAGUCAGGAUACACGGUAAGAAAGCCAAAGUCAGGAGCCAACUGGAGAACACUGGAAUCACGAAUACCAACACAGGAACCAGAGUCAGCGAAAGGCAGUGUCUUAUACUGGUCUAAUUAUGCAUCUUAUACAGGUGGACCAUGAUUGACAGUAGCAGUCACAGGUAAGUCCAGCGCCCAGUGCUGGAGACAUGGCAGGGCUACGUUUCAGGCCAAACCAAGAACUGAAGUAGCUCUGAGGUAAGAAAACAGGCUUGGAACCACAUAGCACUCAGGUUCAAAUCCCUUGUUGGGCACUUCAGGGGUGAUCUUGUCUGGAUGUCACGGUGAGAAAUGUUACAAUUUCACUAUAAGACACAUUGCCCAUUCAUGUUUUCCUUUAUUUAAAACACAAACAAAAAAAAACCUUUGUUUUCAAAUAAAAUUACUCCUGCUGCUGUUCUCCUAUUUUCAAAUGUCUUUUAUUGUGGUUUUGUCCUGAAUGGAUAAGUCUUGUGAUAUAACAAUACUUGCUAAGUUUGUGGUCGCAGCUAGGGGUAUCCGGUAAGACAAUGUUUGUUUCCACACUAAAGGAUGGUCACUAACGCUACAAACAGGAUGUGUGGGAAAGAUUUGUUAUUCACAUGGUGUAAAUGGUGAGUGAGUCAUCAAUUGGCCAGUCCCCACUUACUUUUUCCUUAGAAAAUGAACUGACUGUCCUUUAGUGUGGAAAAAAAACAUUGCCCUCUAAGCUUCUGCAAAAUGCGUCUCCAGAGGUAACAGGCAUAGCAAAACUCAGUCAGGUUGGGCGAAACCACAAUGAAAGGCAUUUGAAAAAGGGGGUGCAGCAGCAGGGAGUUAUUCAUUUAUAUUUGUUUUUCUAUUAAGAUUUUUUUUUUAAAUGUUUACUUGUCCAUAAGUGUGAGGGACAUUGGCUCCUCAAUCAUGAGGUCCACAACCAGCCACAUUGGUUGCAUCACACUAGAGUCCAGAAUCCAGGCUGGGGACAAGGAAUUGUAUUUCCUGACACCAUUGUGUUCAAAUGACAAAUUUUAUUCCUCCAAACAGUUAACAAAAGUAAAAUUAACUUGUAAGAUCAGUAUUCUAGAAUUAAUGACCCAUGCUAGUUCAGUUUUGUUUCCCUGGUUACUUUCCAAGGCAAAUUAUGUCUAUACUCUCAUUUGCUUUGUUCCUGAUAAAGAUAAUUUUAGAUUUUCAGGGUUAUUCACUAAACACCAGAUUUUCCAGAAAAAAAGCACAUAUAACUUACAUUAAUGCAGGGGCACGGUGCACAUUGAACAAACUUCUUGUGAUCAACAGGGUUCCUCUGCUGCUUGUUGGGUCACACAUGAGGAGUGUGGGUGUCCAUACAACCCAUUCAUUCUCACCUGGACUUUAAACACUGGAUUUAUUGGAUGGAUGAUAUCUGGUGAAUAUGAAUUCCAACCGCAGUGGCAAUUCUCAUACUUACUCAAGUCAAAUACAGUUGGUUCAAGUAAAUCUACAACAACCACCCAGAUGCAUUCGGUGUCUAGAUUAAAAUCAGUGUUUUUCACAUCCAAACCCCUAUACAAAACAUAGGAUUUGGAAUCUUCGCAAAGCAACGAUUUUUACAAAAAUUUGGGACCGAAUGGAUCACAGGAUGCACAUUUGCAAAUUGUCAUUCACUUGCUUUCUGUAAGUAAAUGAUAAUUUUGAGUAUGUUGCCUCUUUGUAAUGCUAGCAAUCAGCAGGUAACUAAUUAAAGGGACUCUCGAGUGCCAGGAAAACAAACCAUUUUCCUGGCACUGCAGGUCCCCUCUCCCUCCCACCCCCCAUCCCAGGUUGCUAAAGGGGUUAAAACCCCUUCAGUGACUUACCUGUAUCCAGCGCCGAUGUCCUUCGGUGCUGGUUCAGGGUCCGCCCAUGCUCCUCCCCCGACGAUGUCAUCCGGCAGGGGAGACCUAUUGUGCAUGAGCGGCCGGCGGUGGGGGAGACCUAAUGCGCAUGCGCGGUAAUGCCGUGCACACACAUUAGACCUCCCCAUAGGAAAGCAUGCUUUCAAUGCUUUCCUAUGGGGAUUUCAGCGACGCUAUAGCACAGAAAAUCUGUGCUGUAACCCGGAAGUGCUCUCUAGUGGCUGUCUAUUAGACAGCCACUAGAGGAGGAGUUAACCCUGCAAUGUAAAUAUUGCAGUUUAUGAAAACUGCAAUAUUUACAGUUGCAGGGUUAAGGGUAGUGGGAGUUGGCACCCAGAGCAAAAGUGGUCUGGGUGUCUGGAGUGUCCCUUUAAAUACCCUUAGUGCUCAUGCCUAUCAACAAUGUCCUGAAUUAAAUUCAGAUUUCAGCUGGACCGAACGCAGUCUUAUGGCUGAAAUAUGGCCCUGAAAGCCUCAAAUUUCGGCUAAGAUUUUAAAAAAUCAAAAAGAUUUGGCCUCUCAGUGUUAGCAAACAGCAGGCAAAUAGUUAAAUAAACCUCAACUUGCUAGGCAGCAGCCACAUUAAAAAAAAGUUUAAAAGUAAAUAGAAAAUAAAAACCUCUGGUGGUCAAAAAGAACCCUAUAUCAAACACUAUAAAAGGUAUACUAGGUCCUCAUUACCACAUCUUCUGAAUGCAGCAGAAAGCACUGAUCCCUACAUAUUGGAGGUACCCCCACUUGCCAGACUAGAUAUUUAAAACUAGAGACUGGACAGCUGGGAAAUAUGAAUAUUUAAAUGAAAUAAUUCUGAAAAUGUAUUCUUUAAUAUGCAGAGGCAUCAUUUUAUUGGUCAGCGCUGCAACCCUUAAAGGACCACUAUAGGCACCCAGACUACUUCAGCUUAAUGAAGUGGUCUGGGUGCCAGGUCCAGCUAGGAUUAACCCUUUCUUCCAUAAACAUAGCAGUUUCAGAGAAACUGCUAUGUUUAUAAUAGGGUUAUAAUAGGGUUAAUCCAGCCUCUAGUGGGUGUCUCACUUGAUUUUCACAGUGAGAAGACGCCAACGUCCAUAGGAAAGCAUUGAGAAUGCUUUCCUAUGAGACUGGCUGAAUGCGUGCGCAGCUCUUGCCGCGCAUGCUCAUUUAGCCGAUGACGACGAGAAGGAGGAGGAGAUGAGGAGGAGAGUCCUCCGUCCAGGGCUGGAAAAAGAGGAAAAUUUAACCCGUUCUGCCCCCUAGAGCCCGGCGGGAGGGGGGCCCUGAGGGUGGGGGACCCAAGGACCCUAUAGAGCUAGGAAAACGAGUAUGUUUUCCUGGCACUAUAGUGGUCCUUUAACCAGGUUUUUGUGCUAAGAUACAAAAGAGUUAUCAAUGUCAACUAUAUCCAUUUGUAUGUUUUGUUCCCGAUCUAUCCAAGCAUUUCUAUUGGUGAAUAAAUAAAUAGAUUUUGAUUAAUAGAUCUUUAACCAAUGUCUGUAUGUCUGUUCUAAUUUAACAUUGAUUUCUUUUUAUUUAGACAGUGCUGAGAAAGGACUGAGAAGUGUUAUUCACAGCUUUAAAUGGUAUGACGUUGGAGGUAAGUUCUGUAAUAUUAUGCCCAAAUUUUGCUGACCAAGAUAUUGUAUUGUAUGCAAGGUUACGUCCCUAAAAGGCAAUGUUUAGUGUAAUACUAAUGUUAUAUUAAUAUUUGAGUAAAAAACACUUUAUCAAUUAAUUCCCUGCACAUUACUACGGGUUCUAUUAGUGUGGAGCUCUUGUAUUCACUCAUGUAUACUACAAAUUACAGUGAGAUACAAAUAUGGCAUAUUUUGGGGGUAAAUGCUGCCUUUUACAUCUGGACACAGCGCUAGAAACCUCUUUUAUUUUUAGAUACAAAUUGCGAAGCUCUGUGAUGCCCAAAUAAACACUGCAUAUUACUGUCAGGGUUAUUUAGUAAAGUGAGAAUAGUCAGGAAUGUAAAGAGAGUUCAAAGAGAAUUUCACAUUUAAGGCCUAAUUAGCUAAACUAAAAAAAAGUAUCUAAGUCAGCUCUGCCUACAAUGUAGCUACUUUGACAUUAUAGUGUCAGGAAAACAAAAUCGUUUUUCUGACACUAUAGCAACCUUAGGACCCCCCCCCUCAUGGUCCCCCUUCCUUGGCGCUGAGGGUGUUAAAACCCCUUCAGCUACUUACUUUAAUCCAGCGCUGGUGACCUCUCCUCCCCCACUGACAUCAGCUCCCGAGUGGCGUGGAAGGCGCAUGCGCGGCAAGAGCCGCGCGCGCAUACAAACAGUCCAUAGGAAAGCAUUUCUCAAUGCUUUCCUAUGGACGUUCUGCACGCUGGAUGCCGCUUGUAGCGGCUGUCAGGAAGACAGCCACUAGAGGUUGGAUUAACCCUGCAAUGUAAACAUAGCAGUUUCUCUUAAACUGCUAUGUUUACAUCUAAGAGGGUUAAAACCUGGGGAACCUGGCACCCAGGCUACUUCAUUGAGCUUAAGUGGUCUAGGUGACUAUAGUGUCCCUUUAAAUAUGAAAAUCAGUUUGAAUUCACAAUAAUUCUCUUUUCACUGAAUAAGUAAAAAAUGCUUUUUGGUAAACAGAUCUACAACCAAUGUCAGUAUGUCUGUUCUAAUUUAACAUGGAUUUCUUGUUACUCAGUCAGUGACGAACAGCAGGCUGAGACAGGACAGAAUGGUACAGAUAUUUUUCCUCACCACUAUAAUGGAAAUCACUCCGGUAAGUCCAACCUUAUAACUAGAGUGAUAUAUAUGCAUUUUUGUUUCUUGUUUACUAUUAACUAUUUACUAUUAACCCCUUAAGGACAGAGCUUCAGAAGCUUGUCUUUCACUUAAUGACAACAGCAUUUUUUUCAUUUUUUGCUGUUUGCGUUCAACUGCAAUUUGCAUUUUACUAAUUUAUUGCACCGACACAUAUUAUAUACCAUUUUUUAAAGGACAGAAAGGGCUUUAAUUUGAUGUAACAUAUACAUAUAUAUAAAUGCUUAUUUAUUAUAAAAAAAAAUACAGAAAAAUGCAAAAAAAUGAAAAUGUUUGUGUUUUUUUUUACAGUUUUUGCAAUAAUAAUGUGUGCAUAAUUAGUGCAGGUUAAGGAAAGUAUUUAAAAAUAAAUUCAUUUAGUUGUUCUGAUUUACAGAAUAUAUGUGUCUGGGAUUUUAAGUUUCUUUUUUUUGGUAGUUACAGGUCACAAAGCACAAGGAGUAAAAUAAACUUUUAAUGUGGAGCGAUUUUAGAAUUUGGUAUGUUUGUCUUGUAAGCUUAAUAGCCAUAAAAGAAAACAAAAUUGCCACACAAAAGUAUAUAUUUAUAUAAAGUAGACAUCACGGGCUAUUUACCUAAGGUUGUUUUGACACUUUCUACGUAGCCAUUUCACCGCCAACCUCUGCUAAAUAUUGGAGUAAAAUUGUGUUCUUUUUGGUUUUUGGCACACAAACUUAUAACAGAGAAAUUCUCGUGUAUAUUUUGUAAAGUUGGUGUGUGCUAUUCCUGUACAAAGUUUUAUUUUGUGUUCAGUUACAUCUGCUGAGUAAAAUGACACCCCCAUUGUAUGUCUUUGGCACUAUUUUGUGAAGUUACAGUGCCAUAUAGGAGACCUGUCCUUUUCAGUAUUCACAGUAGAAUUUUGAGAGAUGGAUUUAAUGAGCCUUAGCUUCCAUUUGGGGUAUUAUAACAGUUUGACUGUUCAAAAAACCCCACAAAGGCCUACCAUUUGUAAAAGAAGACACUCCAGGGUAUCUCAUAAGGUGCAUAUUGUGCCUUAACAUGCCCCAUUUUUUCACCAAUAUAUGCUAAAGUAUGUGAUAAAAAAUAAUUUUGUGCGUUUUUUACAUAUGGAUUGCAUACGUGGCACUAAGUUCAAACCCCCCAAAUUAUGCUUGGCUAAGUCUUCUGAGUAAAAAGACACCCCCAAUGAAUGUCUUUGGCACUAUUUCGUGAAACUACAGUGCCAUAUAGGAGACCAAGCCAAAUCCGUUUUUACCAAACUUUGAAUUUUGACGCUGGGCCUGUGUGCAAUUUCCAAGCAUCUUAGCAGGUUUUAAAUUCAAACUACCCCACAAAGGCCUACCAUUUCUUAAAGUAGACACCCCAGGGUAUUUCAAAAGGUAUAUUUUGAACCUUAACGUGGGAUCAUUUUUCCGCUAGCUUGUACCAAGUGUAGUGGUAAUAAGUGUUUUUUCUGCUUUUUUGACACACAAAGUGAGUUUGCACAGUAUAUUUUGCAAACCUUAUGUGUGCUACCAGUGUAUAAUACUUCAUAUGUUGCUCAGCUAUGUCAGCUGAGUACAGCAAUUCCCCCAUAUGUACCUUUGCCAGGUAUAUGUGGACUUCGGAGGGGCACAUUUGGGACACAGCCAUUCCAGUUUUUUUCAAACUUUGAAGUUUUACGCUGUGUCCAUGUUCCAAUUUGGAGUAGUUGUCCCAUUUUAGAGUAUUUUACCAGGUUAUAUAAUCCAAAUACCCCAUAAAGCCAUACCAUUUCUUAAAGAAGACAUCCCAGGGUAUUUCAAAAGGCAUAUUUUGAACCUUAGCGUGGGAUCAUUUUUCCGCUAGCUUGUACCAAGUGUAGUUGGAGUAGUUUAGACGGUUGGUUAUUGAAACUUCCCCACAAACAUACUAUUUAUUAAAGAAUACACCCUGGGGUAAUUCAAAAGGCAUAUUUUGAACCUUAGCGUGGGAUAAUUUUUUCUCUAGUUUGUUCCAGGUGUAGUGGUAAUGAGCAUUUUUAAAUGUAUUUUUUUACUUUUUGAAACUUUUUUUACUUUUAAGAACUAGUUUUUUAACUUUUGUUUUGCUUAUUAACUUUUUUAAAACUUUCCUAAACUUUCUUAAAACUUUUUUUACAGAUUUAACAUUUUUCUAAGCUUUUUAUUUUACCGUUAACCCCUAACUAGCAGUAAGCAGCACUAACAGUACAUUCCCCAUUUUCCCAUAACUCCCACCCACCCCAGCUAGCAAAAUAUAUAAUUAUUAAAUAUUAAAAUUAAUUAAUUAAAUUAAUUGAACCCCUGAGGGUUAAAAAAUAAAUAAAAGUUAAUCGUCAGGGGUUAAAAAAAAUUAUGUGUGAAUAAAGCCUGCAGUUGACUCUCAGAACUGUGUUUCGUCCGGUUACUGGGAGAUUUGGGAUAUUGCCUUGCUUUUCAGCGCUUGACUGUGGAUUACUUCCUGAACCAGCGAUUUUGAAACACUAAUAUUUGUGUUCAGCGAAGUCUCCCGAGUAGAACAGUACCCCCCAUGUACAGGUCUUAUGGUGUCUUGGAAAGUUAUAGGGUUAAAUACAGUGCUAGAAAUUAAAUUCCCUUUACUUUUGGCAUGGGUUGUCAUGCAGGUCCCGCUAAUUGUAAUUAAUUAAGAUACCUAAUUAUGUAAAAAUAUUACAUAAAUAUAUAUGUAGAAUUAAUAUAUGUAUAUAUAUACGUAUGUGAAUCUAUAUGUGUAUAUCUAUAUAAUUUUUAAAAAAUAUUUUUAUUUAUAUAUAGGUAUAUAUAUAGUGAUAUAUACGUAUAUAUUUAUGUAUGUAGAUAUAUAUAUUAUUUUGUUCUACGUGUAUUUUGAUAUAAAUAUAUAUAUAUAUUAAUAUCACAAUACAGUUAGAAUGAAAUAACACACAUCUAUAUAUUUUUUAAUUAAUUUUUUUAAAAUAAUUUUUUUAAUUUUUUUUUUACGUAUUUACAUAUUUAAUUUUUUUAUAUCAUAAAUAUAUAUAUAACAAUAAUUAUAUAUAUUUAACCAGUAUCAGUCUACGUGUAAUUUGAUAUUAAUAUAUAUAUAAUUAUAUAUAUAUAUUAAUAGUAAAAUACACUUAGCCAGUGUAUGUUUGUGUAUGUAUAUGUGUAUAUAUAUACUUAGAUCAUUUAUAUAUAUAUAUAUAUAUAUAUAUAUAUAUAAUAUAUAAUAUAUAUAUAUGAUCUAAGUAUAUAUAUUUUUUUUACACUAAUACAUUUUAUUUUAUUUUUAUUUUCAGCCAGCAGGGGGACCACCUGUAAUUACAGGCAGCCCCCCUGCUGGCAAUACAGAAGCCAGCUAUCCCCGGCCAUGUGAUUGUGGGGUCCUCGCUAGGACCCCACUCUCACAUGGCCGGGGGUCACCGGAGGAGAAGGAUCUGCCGCGGGGGGGCUCCCUGGGAGUUCCCCCCACCGCGAUCGCCGGCGUGGGACCACCGGCGACCGGGUAAGUGAACAAAAACCGGAGGGCGUACAAUUACGCCCGGCGGCGUUUAGAGCCGCCUAAAAUAGGGCGUAAUUGUACGUCCUCCAGUCUAAAGGGGUUAAAGGGACACUCCAUAUUAUAUAUGUUAGUUAUAAAGGUGAUUUCAUUAAAUGAAUGCAUUAUUUCUUUUCAGAGGAAACAUCUGCAAGAAUAAAAGUGGGAAAGAUAUGUGGAAUUUCAGACCUUGGCAAACUUUUUCUGUCCAGUCCAUGGAUGACAACGUUUAUUCCAUCAGUUUACACAGUAGUAUUCAUUGUGGCACUGCCACUAAAUAUAAUGGCAAUCAUCAUUUUCCUCACCAAGAUGAAGGUCAGAAAGCCGGCCGUGGUCUAUAUGUUGAACCUGGCAGUUGCUGAUGUAUUGUUUGCUAGUACAUUACCUUUCAAAAUAGUUUAUCAUUUCUCUGGAAACAACUGGAUCCUUGGUUCCGGAAUGUGCAGUUUUGUUACAGCGUCAUUUUACUGUAACAUGUACUGCUCCAUUCUGCUCAUUACGGCUAUCAGCGUGGACAGGUUCCUGGGAGUGGUCUUUCCGAUCCAAUCUCUUUCCUGGCGCACUGUGCGUCGUUCCUGGGUGGUCUGCAUUCUAAUCUGGGUGAUUUCCAUAGUUAGUACUGUUCCACUACUUACAAUCGAGCAAACAAAACACGUUGCCAAAUUGAACAUCACCACCUGUCACGAUGUGGUGAAUGUAAAAGAUCAUGAAACAUUUCACGUUUACUAUUUUUCCAGUUUUUGUUUACUUUUCUUUUUUGUUCCCCUAAUCUUGUCCUCUGUCUCUUAUUUUGGAAUCAUUCACAGCAUCAGAUAUUCAAAAAGUAGCAACUCAUAUAAAAGAAGACAAGCUGUGUUUCUGUCCAUUGUCGUGUUUUCCAUUUUUAUAGUGUGCUUUGGGCCAACCAAUGUCAUCUUUCUCUCUCACUUUCUGCCAAUGUUCAGUGGCAACGUCAAUGAGUCUUUAUAUUUUGCCUACAUUCUGUGUGUCUGUGUUGGCAGUAUUAGCUGCUGUCUUGAUCCUCUCCUUUAUUACUAUGUAUCCCCUGAAUGUCAGGGAUAUGUGUACAGGUUACUCUACUGCAAGGACGUUGCUGAUUCGGACACUGUAAAGGUGUCUUAGAAAACGUGUCCUAGAGAGACUUUUGAGAUUUUAAUUUUAGAACACAGUUACCAAGUUAAAUACUUAUAAGCAGGGCUUGCUCUAUAUGGACCAUAUAAAUCUAUAAAAAGAUCAUUUGACAAAAGACCUGUCACACAUCGGAGCUACUGUUCAUCUAGAAAAAGACAAAAGCAAAAAACUAUUUUAUAAGAUUUGCAAUUGUACUGCAAAAAAAUCCAUUGUGAGCCCAAUGUUGCAAUGACAUUUCUCCUUAGAUCAACAAGCUAUUAAAGCAUAUCUGUUGCUGUACACAAACUAACUUUUAUAGUGUGCUGGAAGAAUUACUAAUGUCAAUCAAUUAAUAAUUCUGAGAUCCAUUACGAUGAUAUAAACAUCUGUGACAAAAAUGAAUGACAUAUGAGAGGAGUAAACCCAAACUACAAGCAGUCUCCUGCUCUCUAUUGCAGCACACUCAUUGUAGUUGCUGUGAUACCUCCUCUACCAAGCGCUUCUUUACAGAGUUACAGAUAUACAUCAUUUCUAAUGCCUUAUAUAUACCUACAUUGAUAAGUAACAUUCUGCUAAUACUGUAAGGCCUUGCCUAGUCUUGUGUCACAUUAAAAUAUAGGCCUCAAUUAAAAAUCUAAAUAAAGACUUUUAAAAUUAUUAUUUUUUAAAAUAUUAAAAUGGAUUAUUAAUAAAAUCAUAUAUACAAAUAUCUAUCUUAACACAGUCUGAGGCGCUUUUAGAAUCUCAUUAGAAACUCCUUCUAAAUUAUUUUAGUGAGCAUUAUCCCCUACUAAUACAUGCUGGAGAGGGUGCGGACAGAUAGGCACACUAUUACACCAAUUUUGGACAUGUCCUAAAUUAAAAACAUGUUGGGCCAAUAUACACACACUCAUACACCUUAUUACAGAUCAAAUCCUAAACAUUACACCCGAAUGGUGUCUCCUGAAGAAAUUCCUAGAGAGUUUACCUAAGGUUACAAUUACUAUAUUAGGUUAUCUAUUAAUUCCAUCUUCCUCAGCUAUUACCAGGUACUGGAGGUCUGACACUAUUCCACCCAUUACAGAGGUCAUACUCGAGUUAAAGUGUUGUGAACUAGUCUUUAGAAUUCACUCUGUGUUUUUAGAAUCGCUGAGACAAGAUUGGACUAGCUGGGAAAGGGAUGUCAAAGGACAUUUUGGCUUAUAAGUAUCAUCUGCACCACAUCCAACCAAACAGCACUAGAUACAAAUUAUAACCUGAUUCAUAUAUAUGACCAUUGAGUUUUAUUUUUUGUUUGUAAUAUAAGCUAUCCGUUACUUUUUAGAUGUUCAAAAUAUUACUUUGUUUUAUAUACAUAUAAUAGGUGUAUGUGUAUAUACAGUAUAUAUAUAUAUAUAUAUAUAUAUAAAAAGCCAAAAGCUUUGCACUCAUACUCACAAAAAAUGUCGAACCCGGUGCUAGAUUGCACUAGACAUGUAGAACAGGAAAAAAUCAGCACUCCCAGGAUUUCUAAAUAAAGCUUCUUUUACUCCAAAAUAUUAUUAUUAUUAUUAUUAUUAUUAUUAUUGCCAUUUAUAUAGCGCCAACAGAUUCCGUAGCGCUUUACAAUAUUUUGAGAGGGGGGAUGUAACAAUAAAUAGGACAAUUACAAGAAAACUUACAGAAACAAUAGAUUGAAGAGGACCCUGCUCAAACGAGCUUACAGAGUAUAGGAGGGGGGGUAUUAGAAACAUUAGGACAGGAAAUAUCAAGUUUCAGUUCCUACCAGGAACUUUCAUCAGGAUAACAAACAUAAGUGACAUAAAACAAACUGUGCAUUUAAGUAAGAAAAAUAAAACGCGUUGGAUUUCUACAAUAUUUUAUGGAUUUUAUUUUGUAUAUUUCGUUACAUUGUUUGGAUGUUUGUUUUAUUUGUCCUAUCUUCCACUUCGCUGCUUUGGUACUCUAAGACUACACCACGCUGUUGCUGAGUUCCACUAUCUGUGGAGAUAUGCCUAUGAUUAUUUUCCGUCUGUAAUUGCAAUCUAAUAAAUGUUUCUUUGGUUUUAAUGGUACCUCACUAUGUGCGGCCUUUUUCUUUUCAUAUAUUAAAUCAAGAAAUCAUCAUCUGAGUCUCUCCAUACAACUGAUUAGUUUUAACCACUGGGGAGGGGGGAGAAGCCUGAUAUAUCAUCUGUUUCUGACUUUUCUACCAACAUCACAUAUUUCUCUAUAUUUUACUGUAUUACACUAUGUUUUGUUAUCAUUAUAGAUCUUUAAUUGGUCUACGGAUCCUGGUUCAUAUUUCCAGGUUGUUACAAAAUGCUAUAUACGUAUACUGGGUGCUUUUUCCUACUUUUCUUUAUUUCAGUUAUUUGUUGCGUAUCUGUGAGGUACACCUGGGAGCACAUUUAGUCCUACCUAUAUAAUAUUGUUAUCGUUAGUGUGUAUAUUUCUUGCUUUUUUUACUGAAUAGUUUCUGACUUAAAAUGAGCAAUGUCUUCAUGAAUUCACAGAACUUAUGUUAAUUAAUAAAUUAAUAAACCCAAAUGCAGCAUAUACAGUUCUAGUAGGAAUUAGACUUUUUUUGUGAAAAAAAAAGUAGCAUUUACAGUUCUCACCAAAUAUUUAACCCCUUCCCGACCGAGGACGGUUCAGGACCGUCCUAACAGUCUGAGUUACUUACCUGAUCGCCGUCGUUCCCCCGGCGGCGAUCAGCGUGGCUCCGGUUGUGGGGAGACUGCCUGCAGCCCAGACAGUCUCCCCACACUGAAUUAGGACCCCUGUGGCCAUGUGAUCGCUUAACACAGCGAUCACAUGGUCACAAUAGGUGUCCAUGUGUCUGCCUGCAGGGGGACUGUCUGUGCUGACAGGCAGUCUCCCUGCUAGUGUAAAAUCAAAAAAUAAAAUAAAGUUAGUGUUAAUUAAAAAAAUAAUAAUUAUAUAUGUGUAUAUAUGAUAUAUAGACAUAUAUUAUAUCUAUAUAAUAUAUGUCUAUAUAUCAUAUAUAUAAUGCCAUACUAAGUGUAUUUUUAUAUUAAUAUGUACUUAUAUUAAUAUAAAAAUACACUUAUAAUUAAAUUACACACGUAUAUAUAUAAUAUAUAUAAUAACUAUAUAUAUUGUAUAUAUAUAUUAUUAUAAAAUAUAAAUAAUAAGUCAUUUAAAUGAAAUAAUUUUUUUUUAAAUAAUAAUAAAAAAUUUUAAAAAAUUAUAUAUCUAUAUGAAAUUUUAUUCUAACUGUAUUUUAAAAUUAAUAUAUAUAUAUAUUUAUAUCAAAAUACACUUAGAAUGAAUUUGCAUAUAUAUCUAUGUAUAUAUAAAUAAAUAAAAAUAAUACGAAAUAUACAUAUGUCCAUAUACAAAAUUAAAUAAAUAAUUAUAUAAAUAUACACGUAGACUUAAACUAUAUAAAUAUGUAUAUAUAUUUAAAUUCUACGUGCGUAUUUAUGUAAUAUUUUUACAUAAUUCAGUAAUUUUAUUGAUUGCAAUUUGAGGGACCUGCCUGCCAACCCAGGCCGAAAUUCCAGAUAAUUUAAUUUGCUAGCAUUGUAUUUUACCCUGUAACGUUCUACGACACCCUAAAACCUGUACAUGGGGGGUACUGUUUUACUCGGGAGACUUCGCUGAACACAAAUAUUAGUGAUUCAAAACAGUAAAACAUAUCACAGCGAUGAUAUUGUCAGUGAAAGUGACUUUUUUUGCAUUUUCACACACAAACAGCACUUUUACUGAUGAUAUAAUUGUUGUGAUACGUUUUCCAGUUUUUAAACACUAAUAUUUGUGUUCAGCGAUGUCUCCCGAGUAAAACAGUACCCCCCAUGUACAGGUUUUAUAGCAUUUUUGAAAGUUACAAGGUCAAAUAUAUGGGUCAAAUAUUUUACAUUGAAAAUGGCCAGGUUGGUUACGUUGCCUUUGAGAGCGUAUGGUAGCCCAGGAAUGAGAAUUACCCCCAUGAUUGCAUACCAUUUGCAAAAGAAGACAACCCAAGGUAUUGCAAAUGGGGUAUGUCCAGUCUUUUUUAGUAACCACUUGGUCACAAACACUGGCCAAAAUUAGCGUUCAAUUUAGUUUUUUUACUUUGGCCAGUGUUUUCGACUAAGUGGCUACUAAAAAAGACUGGACAUACCCCAUAUUGAAUACCCUGGGUUGUCUACUUUAAAAAAAAUAUGUACAUGUGGGGUGUUAUUCAGAGAUUUAUGACAGAUAAUAGUGUUACAAUGUCACUAUUGAUAAAUUUUUAAAAUGUAUGUUUUGAAACCGCAAUAUCCUACUUGUACCUAUAGCCCUAUAACAUGCAAAAAAGCACGUAAACACUAGGUAUUUUUAAACUCAGGACAAAAUUUUGAAUCUAUUUAGCAGUUUUUUUCAUUCGCUUUUGUAGAUGAGUAAAAGAUUUUUCAAGUAAAAGUCAAAAAACAUGUAUUUUUUCAAUUUUUCAUCAUAUUUUUUUAUUUUUUUUAAAUUAAAAUACAUGAGAUUAUAUAAAUAAUGGUAUGUAAAGAAAGCCCCUUUUGUCCUGAAAAAAACAAUAUAUAAUUUGUAUGGGAACAGUAAAUGAGAAAGCGGAAAAUUACAGCCAAACACAAACACCACAAAAGUGUAAAAAUAUGCCUGGUCGCAAAUGUACAACAUCUCAAAAACAGUCCAGUCCUUAAGGGGUUAAAUGGGGGUGGAAAUCUAAUCAUAUUCCUUUUAAACCAUACACACAAUGAUUACAGCACAACUAUAGUAUACAUGGCAAUGUUAAACAGUGACACUGAAUUUGUCUACACAUUUUUAUUCUGUCCUUUCUAUUACUAUUAUUAUUAGUAGUAUGUAUAUAGCGCCAACUAAUUUUGCAGUGCUUUACAAUAUUAUGAAAGGGGGAAAUUUAAAAUAAAUGAGACAAUUACACAAUGACACAGGUAGGUGAGGGCCCUGCUCAAACGGGCUUCCAGUCUAGAGGAAGUGGGGUACAAAUAUACAACACUGCAGCAAGGCAGGGUGACAGCCACCAAACAAGGUGGAAAAGUAGCAGAGCUGGAGGUGAUAUUGGAGUAUAGCUUUUUUUAGGAGAGCGAGAGACAGAUUUGGAUAGGUAUAGAUAAUUAGUUACUCUGGGAGUCCAUAAGCAUUUCUGAACAGAUGUGUUUUGAGGGACUUCUUAAAUAAUUUCUAUGUAUCAUAUAUUUUCCUUUUUAAGUAAAACAUGCCAUUAAAGAUAUCAUGGGGUCUCCAACACAAAUAUUACAGGGUUUUUCUUCCCAGGGUCCUUUGUGUGAGAAAAACUAUAAUUUAAUUAUCUCUCAUGCACAGAAAAACCUAUACAACAUAUACAGUACCCCUAAAGUACCCCCAUCAUAACUAGGAACCGCACAAAAGUCCCCAGAUAGCCCGGGUAUGAGUGUACAACUUGGCCAAGUAUCACUCAGAUCUGUUUGGUAGAAUUGGAUUACCACCGGGGUAAAGUUUUGACCGGUCGGACACGAGAGGAGAGCCUAAAACAGUUCCAGGGAAUUAGGUGUCCUGGCCAGUCUCUGUUCGGGGGUUUCUGUUUGAAAACCAUGCAAGGGAUUCUCUUGAUUUCGGUGUAUGAACGCUCCCCCCAGUCGGUAGCUCCCAUCUACCGAACGUCGUUUGUAUAGCUGGUUGGCAAAUAGAACGGGCAGCAGUAUAACCUUUACCGGGGUUUGUGCGAGUGCCUAGCCGAAAAGAGUUCCAGGCACUCAACGACCAAGUGCCGCUGCCCACGUUCGACAGGCAAAAUGGACGCCACUCUUUUGCCGACCACCUGCAUUCGGUUAUACAAAAUGGUGGCCACCCGGGGGGAUCAUUCAUUAAUUACUUCCCCUGUGGUUUAGCACUUCAGUUACUAGGUGGGAAUGUUCUAAUGGGGUACCAUGGUACUCCUCGUUCGGGAGUCGAAUGUAGAGUGUUCGUAUACCAUAACUCACGAAUGGAAAAAAGGCCUCUAUUGGUCGUUUCUCACUUAAAGUGAUCACCAUGAUCCUGAACAGAUAUAGACCGUUCUGAUUCCACUUAUAUUUAUCCUAUAGUAAUAUAACAGCCUCCUAUCCUUUUUUUUGUGUUGUUUUGUUUAUUCACGGAAACAUUUAGUGACAGUCUCCUAACCAUCAAUCGUUUUUAUCCUAUGAAUCGUAUUGCAAAUGGGGUAUAUUCAGUCUUUUUUAGUAGCCACUUAGGCGUUCAAAUUAGUUUUUUGCAUUUUCAAAUAUUAACACUAAAUUUGGCUAGUGUUUGUGACCAAGUGGUUACUAAAAAAAGACUGGACAUACCCCAUUUGCAAUACCUUGGGUUGUCUACUUUUGCAAAUGAUAUGUCAUCAUGGGGGUAAUUCUUAUUCCUAGGCUACCAUACGGUCUCAAAGGCAACGUAACCAAUCUGGCGAAUUUCAAUGUGAAAAAACUGAAAAAUGUAAUACGCUAUGUUUGACUCUGUAACUUCCCAAAAUACCAUAAAACCUGUACAUAGGGGGCACUGUUUUACACGUGAGACAUCGCUGAAUACAAAUAUGUGUAUUUUAUUGCAGUAAAAGCAAACAGUAUUAUGACAUUCACAGUUAGAAUGUCAUACAGAACUAAAAAAAAAUAAAAAAUUCUUAAUUUCUCAAUUUUUUAAAAUAUUUUAUUCAUAUUAAAUUAUGUUUCAUAGGUAAAUAUUUGAUGUCAUAUGAAAGCCCUAUUUCUCCUGAAUAAAAUGAUAUAUAAUAAGUGUGGGUGCACUUAGUAUGAAAGAGGUGCAUUACGGUUGAACAGACAUAUAGUCACACGCCAAGUUUUGUUUACGUUUUAUUUUGAUCAAAGCGUGUACAUUUGGCUCAGUCCUGAAGGAGUUUAUUGGAUAUAUUUUCUUCCAGAUUUGGUUAUUAGUGAAUAGUGUGAGUACUGGCAGCCAAAAGGCAUAAAUCCGUAACUUCAACUAAACUGAAAUAGACUUUUCCUUUAAGCGUAAGAUAACAAGUCCUAUUUUUGGAAUAGGCUCAAUUUUAAAGUAAUAGAAUCAGCAUUUCAUAUGCUACAGAAUUUUCAUAUUUUAAAAAAGAAGCUCUGUGGUCAUUCAAUGAGCUAGCGCUGGACUUGUAGUAAUUAUCAGCAUGCAAAUAAUAAAAUAUCUACUCAAUAGCAGAUACAAAUUUACACAUGACACAAAGCAGAUGCAAACUGUAUUCUAUUUUUAUAUUAUUCGAACAGGCUAAAUUUAUAGAGUAGUUGGCAAUGAUUUGACGAUCCUAAAAGUAUUUCAUAAUCAGGUCUAUUAUGGUACACAUAUUAGGGUUUAUUCACUUUACAGCAAAUUACAAUGAACUGAAAUCAGACUGGCAAAAUGCAUGAAAACAUAGCUAAUUUGGGGAAAAAGAUUGCUCUAUCUCAGCUAUAGUAACAGCUUGAAACGUACUCCGAGCUGCUACGUAUUGCAAACCCACCCCUCUAUGAGUGACCCAAUUAGUGUGUCAAUUCACAAUACUUAGUUCUUCAUUACAUAUUUCACUCUGUCUCAAUGAACAAUCCAAAUGAAAAGACAUGCUUCUGGAGUUUAAAUGUUUUCACUUCUUAAGAGGUGAAUAAGGCUGACCGGAUUUUACUUACUAUUAGAUAUCCAGAAGCUAGUCUGUUCAUUUGUGUUGUCUAUAGUAACAUGUUACCCAGGAACACCAUUCUGUAAUGAGGCCUUUUCUAGCAACUGGGCAGCAAUAGAUGCCCCAACACCAGUUUUAAACAUUUAGCAGACAUGCCCCCACUUGUAUGGCAGGUGGGGGUGUAAGGAGGUGAAAUAACUCCCUUACAGUAACAUGGGGGUCUUACUAAACUCCAUAGGCCUUUAGGGCUCCAAUGCAAAAGCAUGGAUUUUAAUUUGGACAUUGAAUGCAUCCAGGCAAUUUUGAAGUUUCACUCAGACCAACAGAUUUUGGCCCAUAAACAUAAUGAGUAACUAUAAAAACACACAAAACAAUGAUGUACUAUCAAAACACACAAAACUAUUUCGACCAUAUUUGGCAUUACUAAAUAUGACUAUUGUUAUUGCAUUUUGAAUUUGGUCAUUUUCACAGGACUAUGUCCAUCUUGACACUAUCCCGUGUUUAGUAAAUAAAGACAUUGGUGUGGUAAGUUGGCUUUUGGUCUCUAGCUUGCGUUGGAGAUGCCGUGUAAACAUAGUUUUCUGUUGAGGUGUAGGUUACUGGAGAGUAUUAUCAAAGUAGCUGAGGUUUUAGCUAUCUCACGGGUACACAACCUUCAGCACUCCAAAUGUUGUGUAAAUCUUUGCCAGUAUUACAUAUUUUUUCAUUUUUAUACGUGGAUAUAAAAGUGAAAAAAACAAACAUGUACAAAAAAAUUGUAACUGCAUAGUUUGCAGAAACCAGCCUGACUUACAAUGUCUACUCAUAACAUUUCCAUAUCGGUAAUUCAGCCAAGAGUAGAUGGCAUAGGGUGUGUUUUCAAUAAAAGUCAGGUGAUAGGAUAUGUCAUGUAUACAUUUCAUGGAGUCAUCUUCUGUUUGUUCAGAACUAACCAUUAGCUCAGUGAUUGCAUAAAGUGGAAAAAGAAUGAAAUUAAGGCUGCAUAUAAUGAUGUUAUUGAUGACUCUAAUCGGUUCAUUUUUUCGCAUACAAUGUGACCAUGCAGAGACCGGUAAGUAAAACAUAACACAUUUGAUGAUUGUUCUGUGAUAAUAAAAUGUGACUGUAACUGGAUGCAUUCAUUGAACUUGAAUUUAACCCCUUAAGGACCAAACUUCUGGAAUAAAAGGGAAUCAUGACAUGUCACACAUGUCAUGUGUCCUUAAGAGGUUAAGAGCAUCUUCUGACAGCAUUGCACAGUGAUACAUCUUUCAAAUAUUCAAAACUAAAAAAUAGGGUGUUUAUUGCAAACAUCAUUCUUUCAUCGUAAGCAUAAAGAUGGGGGCACUGUAUGCGCUAAAGACAUUUCAUCUCAUUGAAGUAGUUAUAGUGCCUGGAGCCCCCAUAUUGCUAAUGCACAGAUGAAGGAGUUUAGAACCCAGAAUGUUGUCAUAACUAUACUGGCAUUCAUAAAUGAAAGAUCAUGCAGUACAGUGCACAUAAUUGUCUUUUUACGUUGAAAUCCUUAUUCAAAUUUAGCAAAGAACAACAAAUGUAUGAAAACAAACAUACACAAGGUCUGUGCAAUACAACAUACUGUUUCCUCUCUGCCACGUUAAUGAAAGUGAGAGAGAGGAAAGAGAAGGGUGGAUGGUGGGGAGGUAGUCUAAUAAGAGAUUUGUGUUUAUUGUAUGUUUUCCUUUAGAUCUUAACUGGAGGGCUUUACAAAAUAUAGCAAUUAAUCAGAGAUAGUCUUACAAGCAGGGAGCUAUAUAAUAAGACAUAAGGAACAAAAGAAGAAGACAUAUGUAUUAUUAUAUGAAGUGCUGUGUCGGCUCUUGAGCUUACAGUCUAAUAGGAUAAUGUACAUUGAUGCAUUGACAUAAACGGUAGAAGGGAAGCAAAUACAGUGGAGAAGCGAGAAAGUGUAAUAUCAUUGAAAGCUCAGAUGUGAGCAGAUGAGGAGUUUGUCAGAUAUAUAGUAAGCACAGCUAUAAACAUACUUCUCCCAUUAAAGAGAAAGAGUUUUAUAUUGGACUUGGUUCAGUUGAAUCACUUAUGCUGAAAAAAAACAAAAAAACAUUUUGUUCAGUCUACCACAUUGUCUAUGCAAAUAUUUCUGAAAAACGAUUUAGGUGAACCAAAAUGGUGCAGAAAUUAAUCAUUUGCCCAAUCAGUGGACUGCAAAAUAUAUAAAUAAUAUUUAUAUAUAAUAUUAUGUACAUACACAUGGUAAUUCUUAUAUCCUGAAGCUAAUUUCAGCCAACCGCAUGUUGUAUAAUUAAAUUAGGACAGCUUAAAAUGGUAUUUUGUCCUUGAAAUUCAGUUCACAUUUUGUCAUCAUUCACUUAUUUGAGUGUUCUGUUACUUUUGAGCAUUCAGUUGCAAAUUUAAAGCAUUAAGUCUGGCUGAUCCCUGGUUUAUUUAUUUUUGAUUGAUUGAUUGAUUGAUCUAGUGGCUGUCCUCUACCCUUCAAUUGUCUCUUUUUGUGGAGAGCUCACUGGUGCAACUCAAAAUUAUAAAUAAAGUGAACCAGCUCCAUGAAAACUAAUGAAGACAAAGCCCCAAAAUUGGGACCAGUCUUCGUGCCCAAUUUUGGGGCUCUGUCUUCAUUAGCUUUCAUGUAGUAUUUAGUUUGGGUUAUGCUCUAAUUACCCAUUCAGACCGUGUGUGCAUCAGGGUUAGACUUUUCUGUCUCGCAUCUGAAGCUUUCUUUUUGUUGAAAGUGAGCCAGCUCAUUGUUUAAUAGUAAUCUGGACAUAUGGUGAUUUAAUAGCAAUUUGGAAAACAUGCCACAACCAAAAUGUUUAUGAAAUGCAAUUUGGGACAGCUUAUAUUAGUUUAUUUUUUAUUGAAUAAUGGUGCAUGCAAAUAUGGGAGAUAAAUCUCCAGAAAAGUUAGCCUAAUAUUAUAGAAACGCUAAACAUAAAAAAAAAGGUUUAUCUAUAUUAAGAGGAUUUAAAAAAAGUAUAUUUUAAUAAAUCAAUAAACAUAUUUUUACUAGUGAAUAAAUGCUAAGCAAUUCUGUUCAGAUUAAAGGACUAUAGGGUCUCUAGGUCCCCCUUAGGGUCCCCUCCCGCCGGGCUGUAGGGUGAGGAAGGUGUUAAACACCUUUUCUCCACCGCCUGGGCUCCCUCGGUGGUGGGGACUCUCUGCCUCCUUUCCCCGUCAUCGGCUGAAUGUGCAUGCGCGGUGUCUAGGUGUCUAUAGUGGUUCUUUAAGAACAGACACGAUACCUGUGCACAGGAUUAGUAGCUGCUGCAUUUCACAGACACAACACACACUUUCAGACUUAUUGUAGGGUCUCUGUAUUUUUUGCAGAGCCUCAUGCCCAGGUAACCUGUCAAAUAUAUAGAUGUUUCUGGAGAAGAUAUCUUUUCACCUCACUUUCUGCAUCCAAGUCAUUGUGUCCAGUCUUCAACUCCUGGCAGAAAAAGCUUGCAACACAGCAUCAUCUUUGUUCUCUUGUGUGAUCAAUGGUGAAAAAAAUAAUUGAAAAAAAACCACAAUAACUAAAUGUCGGAAAAAAAUGUUGUGUCUGAAAAAAUGUGUUAUGCUCAGAAACCAGUAAAAUCAGUGCUGUUUCUAGCUUACUAAAUAUCUCUUUGGCUGUCUGUUUUCUAAAAGUACUGAUUUUAUAAACUGUCAGAAAAUGACAGACUCAAGACACGUACUGCAAAGCUCUUCAAAAACAUAACUGCAUAUGGGCUCCCCUGGAUUUUUCAGUUUGUUCUGCUAUUUUUCGUGUGAGAUUGAAAAUACAGUGCAAUACCACUGUGUAUGGAGAGAGACAGGGAUAGGAAGCUAUACUUAUCCCAGUUUCUCUCUACUGACUGAAUCUACAGAGGAACAGCACAUGCAGCCAGAGACAGCCUACAGAUCAGGUAAGUGAGGGAUGGGGGGGCAGCCUAUAUAUUAGGGAAGUGAGGCAUGGGGGGGCAGAGAGCCUAUACAUCAGGGAAGUGAGGCGGGGGGCCAGAGAGAGCAUAUAUAUCAAGGAAGUGAGGCAUGGGGGGACAGAGAGCCUAUAGAUCUGGUAAGUGAGGCGGGGGCAGAGAGAGCCUAUAUAUCAGGUAAGUGAAGCAUGGGGGGCAGAUAGAGCCUAUAGAUCAGGGAAGUGGAGGGGGGCAGAGAGAGCCUAUAGAUCAGGAAAGUGAGGCAUGGGGCAGAGAGAGAGCCUAUAGAUCAGGGAAGUGAGGCUGGGCAGAGAGAGCCUAUAGAUCAGGUAAGUGAGGCAUGGGGGGGCAGAGAGAGAGCCUAUAGAUCAGGUAAGUGAGGCGGGGGGCAGAGAGAGCCUAUAGAUCAGGUAAGUGAGGCAUGGGGCAGAGAGAGCCUAUAGAUCAGGUAAGUGAGGCAUGAGGGGAGUGGGGGGCAGAGAGAGCCUAUAGAUCAGGGAAGUGAUGCAUGGGGGCAGAGAGAGCCUAUAGAUCAGGGAUGUGAGGCAUGGGGGCAAAGAGAGCCCAUAGAUCAGGGAAGUGAGGCGGGGAAGAGGGAGCCUAUAGAUCAGGAAGUAAGGCAUGGGGGGCAGAGAGAGCCCAAAGAUCAGGAAGUGAGGCAGGGGCAGAUAGAGCCUAUAGAUGAGGCAUAGAGAUCCAGGGGCUAGCCUAGAUCAGGAAGUGAGGCAGGGGCAGAGAGGGGGAAGGAGGCGCAUAGCCUAUAGAUCAGGAAGGAGGCGGGGCAGAGGGAGCCUAUAGAUCAGGGAAGUGAGGCAGGGGGGCAGAUAGAGCCUAUAGAUCAGGGAAGUGAGGCAUGGGGGGCAGAGAGAGCCUAUAGAUCUGGGAAGUGAGGUGGGGGCAGAGAGAGCCUAUAGAUCAGGGAAGUGAGGCAUGGGGGGCAUAGAGAGCCUAUAGGUCAGGGAAGUGAGGUGGGGGUAGCAUAUAGAUCAGGGAAGUGAGGCAUGGGGGUGCAGCCUAUAAGAGCCUAUAGAUCAGGGAAGUGAGGCAUGGGGGUGCAGCCUAUAUAUCAUGGAAGUGAGGCAUGGGGGGGAGCCUAUAGAUCAGGGAUGUGAGAGAUGGGGGAUCCACCUACAGAUCAGGUAAGUGAGGGAUGGGGGGGCAGCCUAUAGAUCCAGUAAGUGAGGGAUGGGGGGGAGGCAGCCUACAGGAAGGGUCAGCAAGGAGCAGGAGGGUAAAGUAAGAGAAGGAGCAGAAAGGAGAAGGAACAGAAAUGAGCAGGAAGGGACAUCUGUCACGUAUUCAUCUGCUUAUAAAAAUGUGAUUAAUGGAAUUUACUGUUCAGACAGGAAAAGUUGUGCCGAACAACAAUCAAAUCCACAGGAGGGUUUGUGCUGAGCAGCAAUUAUGCAAAUGGGAACCUGGUCACUGCCUUUGGGGUCAAAGGUUGAUUACAGCCUUCAGAUAGAGAGGAGGGGUAUUUAGGCCCAGUUCUCAUCCUGCUCAGUGCCCUGUCAUGGUUUCCCUUGUGGUUGUCCGAGAGCACGUUAUUGAUUCUGGUAAUUCUGGUUAUUUGACUUUGGCAUUGUUUUUGACUUCCCUGUUUUCUGGCAUCCCUGACUCCUGGCUUUUCCUUAUCGUUCUGUCUCUUUCUGUAUCCCUUGACCUCGGCUAUUCCUGACUAUUCUUUGGUACGUCAGUCCGGCCAUUCUAAGGUCCGGUAUACGUUACCUAUCAGUCCUCUGUGUUACACAAUUCUAUAUGCUGGAUCAUACUGUAAUCCUGACAACAUCAAGGAGCAGAAAGGGGCAGCAAGGAGUAGGAAGGGUCAGCAAGGAGAAGGAAGGGUCAGCAAGAAGCAGGAAGGGUCAGCAAGAAGCAGGAAGGGGCAGAAAGGGUCAGCAAGGAGCUGGAAUGGUCAGCAAGAAGCAGGAAGGGGCAGAAAGGGUCAGCAAGGAGCAGGAAGAGUCAGCAAGAAUCAGGAAGGGGCAGAAAGGAGCUGGAAUGGGCAGCACAAAAGGUAAAGUAGGAGAAGGAGCACAAAGGAAUAGAAAUGAGCAGCAAGGAGCAGGGAGGGUCUGCAAGGAUCAGGAAGGGUCAGCAAGGAGCAGGAAGGGUCAGCAAGAAGCAGGAAGGGGCAGAAAGGGUAAGCAAGGAGCUGGAAAGGGCAGCAAGGAGCAGGAAGGGACAGAAGGAGCACAAAAGUAAAGUAGGAGAAGGAACAGAAAUGAGCAGGAAGGGUCAGUAAUGAGCUGGAAGGGGCAGAAGGAGCACAAACGUAAAGUAGGAGAAGGAGCAGAAAUAAGAAGGAAGGGUCUGCAAGGAGCAAGACGGAUAGCACGGAGCAGGAAGGGUCUGCAAGGGGCAGCAAGGAGCAGGAAGAGCCUGCAAGGAGAAUGAAGGGUCCGCAAAGAGCAGAAAGGGACAGAAGGAGCACAAAGGUAAAGGAGCAGAAAGAAUCAGAAGGAGCACAAAGUUAAAGUAGGAGAAGGAGCAGAAAAGAUUACCAAGGAGCAGAAACGGUCUGCAAGGAGCAGAAAGGGAUCAGAAAGAGAAAGAAGCAGAAGGGGGAGCACAAUAAGCAGAAAGUAGCAGAAAGAUAAAGGAGCAGAAGGAGCCAAUGAGGAGAGAAGACAGUGUCAGAAGAAAAAGAAGACUGUGUCAAAUGAAGGAGAAGAAAAGUAGAUUGGAGCAGGAAGGACAAGUGAAGUGAACCCACCACAUCAUAAGGCUUUGGUACCUGGGCCUGGCAGGGAAACUUUGGACCUUCUCAUCUCCCCAGGUUAAAAAAAUAUCAGUGUUAAUGUGUUCACUUUUAUUUACUGAGUGUCAGGAAGCACAGAGUGCCGUUGGGUAGGGGUGUCACUGAUUGGCUAGAGCGGUCAGCUGGCACUCUAAGCCAAUCAAUAGCUCCCCAUUCAUAAAAAAGCAAAACAUUUUUUAUGAAGCGGGAACUAGUGAUUGGCUUAGAGCGUGAAUUGACCACUUUAGCCAAUCUGCAGCACCCAUGCCUGAUGUCAAUCUGCACUUCCUGACACUUCGUUUCAGAAGCCGAAAACCACUGAGCAACCUGGAGAUCUGAAGCUGGAGGAAGCCUUUGGGGUUAAACCAUUUGAGAACACCCAGGGGCUUCCUAGCAUCAUAGCAUUUUCAUUUAGAUGAAGUUGUUAUGGUGACCAGAAUGUUCCUUUAAUUUGCUUAAAAGAACACUAUAGUGUCAGGAAAACAAACAUGUAUUCCUGACACCAUAGUUGUGAAAGCGCUAUUCACCCUGGCUUUAUGUGAUAAUGACACUGUCAAAAAUGGAUGUCAUUACAAUUAUACCCCCUCCCCUGGAAAAAGUCCUGUGGACGCCCAUGUCCCCUCUUAACCCCCAUCCCAAAAUGGAUAAGCCAGAAAACAACCUUGUUUAUAUAGCUAUAUAUAUUAUAUAUAAAUGAGAGAGCACUUGCAGGACUUUUCUCAAGAAGAUCUGCAACAAUAAAGCAACAUUUUUCAUUCCAUCAGAAUACUAAAAAACUCUAAAAUAGCCAUAUUCCAAAAGACAAAACUUAAAGUACAGAUUGCAUCGUUUAUAGAAAUAAAGUCUCCCAGCCCUGUACAGUUAUCAAAGACAUUGUAAAAUGUGUCCAAAACUAAAGCAUGACUUGAAGCUCGACAUUCCACAACACUCACAAUAUUCCUUCUCACAAUUACUGCAACAGGGAAAUAAAGUCUGCCCCAACAAACAAACAAUCAUCUUAUCACAUUGCCCCCUCCACCGCACACACAAUUAGUCACCCUGUCACAUUGGCUGCAGGGGAGAAGAGAGAGAGAGAAAUGGAGGGACAAAAGUGGAGGGGGGGGGGGGAGAAGGACACAUGGAGGUCCCUGGGGGGAAUGAUACUCAUGGAGGGGCUUUGGGGGGGUAGGGGGUUGCAGAAUGAGACACAUGGAGGGGCUGGGGGGGCAAAUGAAACACUUGGGGGAAAUGAGAAAAGGAAGGGCAAGAGUGGAGGGGAGAGAAAGACACAUGGAGGUUACUGGGGGAAUGAAACAUGUGGAGGGGCUUGGAGGGAGGGAAUGAUACACAUGGAGUGGUUGAGGGGGGAGAUGAGUCACACUGAGUGGCCUGGGAGGGGGUGAGACACAUGGAGGGGCUAUGAGGGGAUGAAAUACAACACUUGGGGGCAGUGGUGUAUCCUGGUUUUGUGCUGCCCUAGGCAGGACAAAACUCAGGCGCCCCCCUCCCCCUGCGCCACCCCCACCCAACCCUUCCCCCCGCCCCACCUUCUAAAUACACACACACAGUCAGACACAAACACACACAAACACAGUCAGACACAAACACACACACAUACACAAACAGACACACUCACAAACACAGUCAGACACAAACACACACACAAACACAGUCAGACACACAGUCAGACACAAACACACACACAAACACAGUCAGACACACAGUCAGACACAAACAAACACAGUCACACACACAGUCACAAACACAGUCAGAUACAGAGUCAGACACAAACACACACACAGUCAGACACAUACACAGACACAAACACAGUCAGACACAAACACACACACACACACUCACAAACACAGUCAGACACAAACACACACACACACACACAAACACAGUCAGACACAAACACACACUCACAAACACAGUCAGAUACACACAGAGUCAGACACAAACACACACUCACAAACACAGUCAGAUACACACAGAGUCAGACACAAACACACACACAGUCAGACACAUACACAGACACAAACACAGUCAGACAAACACACACACACACACACACACACACUCACAAACACAGUCAGAUACAAACACACACACACAUUAACUUUUUUUUUUAUUUAAAUCCCCCCCCAACCUCCUUACCUUUGGGGGGGCGGGGGUCUCUCUCCCUGGUGGUCCGGUGGUCCAGUGGCUGCAGGGCUGGCAGGCGGGCGGCGCUGGCGAGGGAGUACUUCCUCUGAGCUGUCAGCUCAGCUCCCUCGCGCGCCGGCUGCAGAGUGAGGCUGGGUGCCGGAAGAUGACGUCAUCUUCCGGCUCCCAGCCUCACUCUGCGGCGCGCGAGGGAGCUGAGCAGUCAGCUCAUAGGAAGUGCUCCCUCGCCAGCCGCCUGCCAGCGCCGCCCGCCCGCUCGGGAUGUCAGUUAGCCGCAAGGCUAACUAGGCAUUUGCCUUGGGCAUUUGGGGGGCGGCGUUUUUUGCCGCCCCCUGAAAAAUGCCGCCCAAGGCAAAUGCCUUGUUUGCCUCGCGGCUAAUACGUCCCUGCUUGGGGGGUGGAAUGAGAUACAAGGGAGGGGAUGGGGGGAUGAGACACAUGGAGGGUCUGGGAAUGAGACAAAUCAAGGGGCUGGGGAGGGAAAGAAUGGGACAUAUAUAUAUUGCAUUUACAGUUAAAUGCCCAUUGGAGUGAUUAUAAAAGCCUUCAGUUAUGUAAAUGUGCAUAGGGAUUGGAUAGUGCACAAGUAUCUUUUUUCUUUGGUUUUUAUUGAAUGUUCUAUAUAGGUAUACUGAAAAAUACAUUUAACAUUACUUUUCAUGACAUCCAAAAUACUCGGAUUCUGGGUUUGGUUUUUUCUGCAAAGCGCUUGGUAGUUAAGGGGUUUAAUAGGAAAAGGACACCUCCAGUUUCCUGAUCCUAAUGAGAUCUGAAGAUACCAGUCAAAAAGCCCUAGCCACUUCCAAUGGUACAUACCAUACCUACACCUCCUUCCUCUAACAUAGUAUUAAGUAGACAUGUGCAAUUCGUUUUGGUCCGAAUAUGAAUUGGGACGAAUUUCAGACAAUUCGGACAUUCAGGUACUUCAGAAUGUCCGAAUUGCCGAAUUGUCGAGGUCCCGAAGUUCCGAAAUUACCGAAUUUCCGAAGUGUCAAAGUUACGAAGUGCUGAAGUGCCGAAGUGUCAAAGUGCCGAUGUUCCGAAGCACAGUAUUGCCUAAGUACUAAUAUACUUACCCAGUGAAAGAAGAAGAAUGUUACAUUGUAUACAAUUUUAAAUAAAAAAAAGUAUACAAACAUAGCCAGGAUUCAGCUGUAAGCAUUUGCAACACUCACAACAAUCAAGUAACACACAUUCAUAUAAAAUGUAAGUUACUUAGCCUGUCAAUGUAAUGACAGGAAUGAAUAAGUAGAUAACUCCCUAAUUCCCACGGUAUUAGGGAGUUAUCUACUAAAAGGUGAAAGACCUAAAUUGGUCUUUCAGCCAAAUUUACUAAUUUAUGGCUGCUCACUGUUUAAAAAAAAAAAAAGGUCCCCCCUCCCGAGCUGCGACGUGCGAGUGGGGGCUUUUAAACUAAAGGGGGGGACCUAUUGCCCCCCACCCCUGAGCAGCGCGUGGGUGCCCUAAUAUAAAAUAAUGGGGGGGGACCUAUUGUCCUCCCCUCGGGCCCCCACCCCUGAGCGGCGGGUGGGGGCACUAAAUCAGAAUAGAAGGGGGGACCUAAUGUCCUCCCACUUGGCCCCCACCCCUAAGCGGUGAGUGGGGGACCUACAGUAAAAUAAGGGAGAGGGACCUAACUUCCUCCCCCCUGGCCCCUGAGCGGUGGGUGGGGGCCCUAAAUACUAAUAAGGACCUAAUGUCCUCCCUCCUGGCCCCCACCCCUGAGCAGCAGGUGGGGGCCCUAAAUUGGAAUAAGGGGGGAACCUAACGUCCUCCCCCCUGGCUCCCACCCCUGAGCAGUGGGUGGGAGCCCUAAAUACCAAUAGGGGGGGACCCCCCAGGCCCCCACCCCUGAGCGGCGAGUGGGGGCCCUAAAAAAAAUGUUACCUCCCCCUCCAGGUGACUAGGGGUCCCCAAACCCCUAGUCACCCCCCCAAAAAAAAAUUAACCCCCUAGCUACCCCUCUCACCCUAAAAAUAAUGAGGGGGGAACCUUUAACUAAGUACCUGUGCGGUAUAGUGAGUAGGGGCAAAAUUUACUAAUACUAUGUAAUCUUAGUAUUAGUAAAUUUGGCUGAAAGACCAAUUUAGGUCUUCAGCCUUUUGGUAGAUAACUCCCUAAUACCGUGGGAAUUAGGGAGUUAUCUACUAAGCGGCUGCAAAAGAAGUCCCGAAGUGCAGAAGUCCCGAAAUUCCGAAAUGCCGAAGUUCCGAAAUUCUGAAGUGUCGAAGUGCUGAAGUUGCCGAAGUUCCGAAGGUCCCGAAUUGCGGAAUGCCGAACCGAACCAAACCGAAAAUUUGCCCCAUGUACAUGCCAAGUAUUAAGGAUAGGUAUAAUCUAAUAAAAUAACAAAAACAUGAACAUUAAAAUCUCAAUAAGAUUUUCUUUAUACUACCUUCUUUCUUUAGACAUGAAAUCAUGGAAAUCAUGGGCGAAGUAAAAGCCAUCUUAACUCAUUGUAACUAUAAUAUAUAUACAGAUUUUUCUUUAAUAAAACAGGAGGCCUGAGUAUUCAGUCUGUAUUCUUUCCCGUGUCCUGGCUGUAUCCACUGAUGAGGGCCCUGAAGCAGAGUAUCGCUCUCUUAACCUUAAGAUCCUUAUCUACUGCUGAAGAGUCCAUUACAUCUGUAUUUUUCAGGGGUGUUAAUUUCAGUAUGAUCUCCACACAUUUACCUUGUAAAAUAGUUAUAAUUAGAAUUGUUGCUGAAUUCAACUAAUGAUUUUAACAGGGUUAUUUGCUUAAAGGGAAACUCCAGUGCCAGGAAAACAAUCCGUUUUCCUGGCACUGCAGGUCCCCUCUCCCUGCCACCCUGUCACGAUUCGGGGAACCAAACACACCAACACACACACACACACACAAAGUGCAGUACCGGACCUUAGAGUGGCUGGGCUAAGCACACAAAGAAUAGUCAGGAAACAAGCCGAGUAAGGGGAACCAGAAGACAGAAUAACGAUAGACAAGCCGAGGUCAAAGGGUAGGAGAAAGUCACAAAGUCGGAUAACAAGCCAGAGAGUACGUAACCAGAAGCACAAGUUCAGAAUCAAUACUAACAAGCAAAGACCACAACAGGGCGAAGAGGAACAGGAAAGGUAAGUAUAUAAAUCCAAAGGUUAAUUCUGAUUGGAUAAUUUCCAAUCAGAAUUAACAAUCACACGUGGGAGAUAUCUAAACCUCCCACUGUGAUUGAGGCACUGUGCCUUUAACGCCGGGUCAGGUGACUGACCCCGGCGUUGGUUAAAGUGGGCGGUCUCCCAGCGUGCAGCGUCAUGCAUGCUGCCGCUGGGAGACACAGAGGAAGAGGCGGACGGCACCCGUGGGAGAGAGGGUGCCGCCCGCCGAGCACACGGCUGAAGGGGGACCGCGGACGGCUGGAGGGUGAGUGCCGCGAGCGGACUGCAGCCUCCCCUCGCAGCCGCCCGCGGGACCCUGACAGUACCCCCCCUCGAAGACCGCCCGGAGGGCGGGAAGCAGAAGGCUUCAAAGGAAACCGGGCAUGAAAGGAGCGGACUAAAGAGGGGGCGUGCAAAUCAGAGCUCGAAACCCAAGACCGCUCCUCAGGGCCGUAACCCUUCCAAUCCACCAGGUAUUCCAGCCGACCCCUAGAAACACGAGAGUCGAGAAGGGCAGCUACUUCGAACACGUCACUAGAGACAGUACGAGGGGAAACGGGCCGUCCGAGAGGACGAGAGAACCGGUUACACAGCAAGGGCUUCAAAAGCGAAACGUGAAACGUGUGCGGAAUACGCAUGGAAGGAGGCAAGUCCAGGGAGUAGGAAACGGGGUUAAUCCUACGUAACACUUUGUAGGGACCAAGAAACCUGGGAGCAAACUUCAUGGAGGGGACCCUAAGACGGAGGUUCUUGGAGGACAACCACACCCUAUCACCCGGAGCAUAAGAAGGGGUCGCACCCCUAUGGCGAUCAGCGAACUUCUUCUGAGCAGCUGCUGAACGAGACAGCGCAAUAUGGACCUGAUCCCACGUCUUCCGUAAAGAGGCGAGGUGCUGGUCCAAGGCGGGCAUUCCCUUGUCAGAGAACGCUCCGGGAAGGACAGAAGGCCGAAACCCAUAAGCAACCUCAAAAGGACUUAAGCCAGUAGACGAAUGAGACACCGCAUUCCUGGCAAAUUCAGCCCACGGAAGAAGGCGAGACCAGUCGUCCUGGUGCGCAUUAGUGAAGCAGCGCAAAUACAAUUCCACAGACUGAUUAGCAUGUUCGGCUGCACCAUUAGAUUGCGGGUGAUAGGAGGAAGUGAACGACAAGGAGACCCCCAUUUCAGCACAAAAGCCCCUCCAAAACCGAGAGACAAAUUGCGGGCCCCUGUCAGAAACAAUAUCCUGAGGUACCCCAUGCAAGCGGAACACUUCCUUGGCAAACACCUGGGCAAGCUGAAUCGCAGAGGGUAGUUUCUUAAGUGGAAUAAAGUGAGCCAUUUUAGAGAACCUAUCCGUCACAGUUAAUAUCACCGACUGACCAUCAGAAGGAAUAAGGUCUACAAUAAAAUCCAUGGACAAGUGGGUCCAUGGUUUCUUGGGUAUAGAUAGAGGCAUCAGUAGGCCUUGGGGUCUCAUAUUAGGAGACUUACACUGCGUACAGACCCGACAAGCCUGAACAAAAUCCACUACGUCUCGCUUGAGUGAAGGCCACCAGAACUGUUGAAGGAGGCUCUUAUAAGUCUUGGUAACCCCCGGAUGACCAGCAGUUUUGGCGGUGUGAAAUAAUGUUAACAACUUUUUUCUGUCACUUACUUUCACGUAUAGUUUACCAACAGGCGUCUCCUGAGGCGCUUGGGUUUGGUAUGUUUUAAUAUUCUCAAGGAAGGGAGAUGAAACAACCAAACGGGUAGCAGCUAUGAUCUGAGAAGCUGGUACAAUAGGUUCAGGGGUUGGGUUAACAAAUUCUAAAGGUUCAUACUGUCGAGAGAUAGCGUCAGCUUUGGCGUUACGGCAACCAGGUCUAUAAGUAAUAAUGUAUUGGAAUCGCGAAAGGAAUAGAGACCAUCUAGCCUGUCGGGCGGACAACCUUCUAGCAUCGGCUAUAUAGGAGAGGUUCUUAUGAUCUGUUAGAACCAUAAUUUUGUGUCUAGAACCCUCUAAUAAGUACCUCCAUUCCUUAAAAGCUAACACAAUAGCUAAUAGUUCUCUGUUCCCAACAUCGUAAUUCUUUUCUGGAUCAGACAACCUUUUAGAAAAGAAACAACAGGGAUGGAGGGGUUCGUCAUACGAUAACCUUUGUGAUAGUACUGCUCCCACCCCCGAUUCAGAAGCGUCUACUUCCAUAACAAAGGGAAGAGAAGGAUUAGGGUGGUGUAGUACUGGAGCAGAGGCAAAUGCUUUCUUGAGAGUUUCAAAGGCUUUAAGGGCUUCAGGAGUCCAAACCCUAGGGUGUAGACCUUUUUUAGUCAGCUUUGUGAUAGGGGAGAUAAGUGGUGAGAAGUUUUUUAUAAAUUUUCUAUAAUAGUUAGCAAAACCUAUAAAACGCUGGAUAGCCUUAAGUCCUUGGGGAAGUGGCCAGGACAGUAUAGCUUCCAAUUUAGCAGGAUCCAUACUAAAACCCUGUUCAAAAAUUAUAUAUCCCAGGAAUUGCACAGAGGUCUGAUCGAACAGACAUUUUUCUAACUUACAAUAAAGUCCGUUCUGUAAUAAUUUUUUAAGCACCAUCCUAACAUGUUUAUGAUGUGACUUCAAAUCAGGAGAAUAUACAAGUAUGUCGUCAAGGUACACCACGGCACAGACAUGCAAUAGAUCCCUAAGGACAUCGUUUAUGAGAUCCUGAAACACAGCAGGAGCAUUACACAGUCCAAAAGGCAUGACCAGGUAUUCAUAAUGCCCACUACGCGUAUUGAACUCUGUCUUCCACUCAUCAUUCUCCUUUAUACGGAUAAGGUUAUAAGCCCCCCUGAGGUCUAGUUUAGUAAAGUACUUAGAACCUUUAACGCAAUCAAACAACUCAGUGAUGAGGGGGAUAGGGUAGGCGUUUUUAACCGUUAUAUUGUUCAGACCCCUGUAGUCUAUACACGGCCUCAAAUCGCCCUCCUUCUUUGCCACAAAAAAGAAACCAGCACCAGCAGGAGAGGAGGACCUUCUAAUAAAACCUUUCCUUAAGGAUUCUCGUAUGUACUCCUCCAUGACUUGGUUUUCUUUCUCAGAAAGGGGGUAGACCUUACCCCUAGGGGGCAUAGUGCCCGGUAAUAGGUUUAUGGCACAGUCAUAGUCACGAUGCGGAGGUAGCUUAUCUGCCUCCCUCUUUUCAAAAACCAAUGCAAGGUCUGCAUAUACAGAAGGAACAGAAACAGAGAGUGGUUUAGCCGUGGGCACGUUGAGUAAACAAACAGGACGUACAUGAGCCAUACAGUCUCGUUGACAGGAUUCCCCCCAGGAUAGUAUAUCCAAGCAACCCCAAUCGAGAACAGGGUUGUGUUUCACUAACCAGGGAAAACCCAGAACGAUGGAAGCAGUAGGGGAGUCAAUUAUUUGGAAGGUUAACCUUUCCUUAUGCAAAACACCCACAGACAUCACUAUUUCUUGGGUCUCAUGGGUCACCAGAGGUUUCUCAAGUGGUCUACCAUCUAUGGCCUCAACGACCAAGGGUGUGGCCUUUUGGAUCAAAGUUAAGGCUGCGGUUUUAGCGAAGUUCUCAUCCAUAAGGUUGUCUGCCGCACCUGAAUCGAUCAAGGCUUUGGUGGUUAUGGUGGUUUUAUUGACCAAAAGAGAAACCGUAAUAAACGGUCUGGAGAUGGACACAUGAGGGGACAAAGUCAUAACACCCGAGGCCGACCCCUCUCUAGGCCUUAGGUGCUGUAGUUUCCCUGUAACUUAGGGCAGGCAUUACAGUGGUGCCCCCUCUUUCCACAAUAAAGGCAUAACCCCUCCCUUCUACGAUAUGCUCUUUCAGCCUCAGUUAGCCCCGUAGCACCCAAUUGCAUGGGUUCGGGGGUUGGUUGACUAGGAGCGGGUAGUGCUAGUAAAGCAGUAGAGGGGGGAGCAGGUAAUGCCUGUGUAUCCAUCCGUCUUUGACUACGCCUCUCUCUAAUACGGUUAUCAAUAAGAAUGACAUAAUCUAUGACAUCAUCUAGAAGAACAGGCAAUUCCCUGGAUGCUAUUUCAUCCAGUAUGUAGGCGGCAAAACCCUCCUGAAAGGCUGUUACGAGGGCGUCAUUAUUCCAAACCACUUCAGGUGCUAGCAUGCGGAAUUCGAUAGUAUAAUCCGCUACAGAUCUAUUACCCUGUCGUACCCUAAGCAGAGCUUUGCCAGCAGAGGCAACCCUACCGGGUUGAUCAAACGUAUGUUUGAAAGCUGUCAAGAAAUCUACAAAAGACAUAGGAGAUGUAUUCUCCCACAUGGGGUUAGCCCAUGCUAAAUCUUUCCCGGACAGGUGGUUAAUCAAAAAGGCAAUUUUGGAUCUGUCAGUGGGAUAGGAACGUGGAUUCAUCACCAAAUGGAUGUCAAUUUGGUUAAGGAAACCACGACACAAUGCUGGGUCACCGCUGUAGCGUUGUGGCGGUGUCAUGUGAACAACAUGAGCAGGAACGGGUACCGGAGUGGGAAUGGGUUCGGGCACAGCAGCAGCAGCCUCCUGGACGGCAGGUUGCAAGUGUGCAGUACGAGCCAGUAUGGUUUGUAAAGCUUGGGCAAACUGGUCCAUACGGUGGUCCAAGCCAUCCAUUCUAGCCUCCUGAUUAACUAGGAGCUGUGGUAUGUCAGCAGGUUCCAUUAUGGCCCUGUUGUAAUGUCACGAUUCGGGGAACCAAACACACCAACACACACACACACACAAAGUGCCGUACCGGACCUUAGAGUGGCCGGGCUAAGCACACAAAGAAUAGUCAGGAAACAAGCCGAGUAAGGGGAACCAGAAGACAGAAUAACGAUAGACAAGCCGAGGUCAAAGGGUAGGAGAAAGUCACAAAGUCGGAUAACAAGCCAGGGAGUACGUAACCAGAAGCACAAGUUCAGAAUCAAUACUAACAAGCAAAGACCACAACAGGGCGAAGAGGAACAGGAAAGGUAAGUAUAUAAAUCCAAAGGUUAAUUCUGAUUGGAUAAUUUCCAAUCAGAAUUAACAAUCACACGUGGGAGAUAUCUAAACCUCCCACUGUGAUUGAGGCACUGUGUCUUUAACGCUGGGUCAGGUGACUGACCCCGGCGUUGGUUAAAGUGGGCGGUCUCCCAGCGUGCAGCGUCAUGCAUGCUGCCGCUGGGAGACACAGAGGAAGAGACGGACGGCACCCGUGGGAGAGAGGGUGCCGCCCGCCGAGCACACGGCUGAAGGGGGACCGCGGACGGCUGGAGGGUGAGUGCCGCGAGCGGACUGCAGCCUCCCCUCGCAGCCGCCCGCGGGACCCUGACACACCCCCCAAAUUCCCGGUUGCUGAAAACCCCUUCAGUAAUUUACCAGAGGCAGUGAUGAUGUACCACGCCGCUGCUUCUUCCUCCACCGCUGCUCCUCCAGUGUUUGCGUCGGCCGGUGGGCGAGACUGAUCCUGCCCACCGGCCGGGGAGACCUAAUGCGCAUGCGCAGCAAUGCCGUGCAUGCGCAUUAGAGCUUCCCAUAGUAAAGCAUUGAAAAUGCUUUCCUAUGGGGAAAUGAGCGACGCUGGAGGUCUAGGUCUAGUAGACAGCCACUAGAGGUGGAGUUAACCCUGCAAGGUAAUUAUUGCAGUUUAUAAAAAAUUGCAAUAAUUACACUUGUAGGGUUAAGAGUAGUGGGAGUUGGCACCCAGACCAGUCCAAUGGGCAGAAGUGGUCUGGGUGCAUGGAGUGUCCCUUUAACUGUGUAUUGCCAGGAUCUGACCAAUGAAUGGCGUAAUAUUUCAGAUAUAAAAGCCAGAUGGCAUAAUCUUUACCAUUUUAAUGAUUCUUAAAUUCUUUGGCCCAAGCCCAAACACUGUUGGCUUAGUCCAUAUCCCUCACUAGGUUUUACAAAACCAGGAAUUGUAAUGGAUUUAAUACAGUUUCAAGUUAAAGUACAAACAUCGAGUGGUUUCUGGAAGCUUUAUCUGCUAGGAGUUGAAGAAUGUUGGUGCAGGGGAGGUAGAUUUUGAAGCAGGGCCAGAUUAAGAGCCCAGUGGGUCUGGCGCUGAAAAUUAUGAUGGGCCUAAUUACAAAAUCUUAUCGACCAAAAACACUAAAACAGUCCUACCUCCCAAGCGUCAUGUAUCUAAUGGAGAUGGUGCUGGAUGCAGUAUUCAAAAACACAUACCCUAUGCUAAUCUCAUGCUUUCAUCUUUCAAGUAAAUUAAUACCCCCUAACAGCAGUGUCCAGUAAAGCAGGAAGUCUAUGGACGGGGUAAAAGGGUGGGCCACUGAUGCAAAUAACAUAACCAGAACCACAUAAGGGGCGAACAUAACCAAAAAGGGGGCGUGUCUGUGUCCCCAUGUCUCCCAGUGUCCCAAUGCCACUAGGGGACAUUGAGAGACAUUGGGACACUGGGAUAUAUGGGGGACACUGAGAUACUAGGGAACACUGGGAGACCUGGGGACACAGACACUUAAGGACACUGGGAGACAUGGGGACACUGGGUGACUGUGAUACAUAGGGGAGACUUGAUAGACCUGGCUACUGGUCAAAAUGUUGCGGUGUCCAAUAAACCUGCUUAAAUCUAUCACAGUGAGUGCCUGAGAUUUUUUUUUUAUACUAGAGGACACUAAGACACUUGGGGGCACUGGGAGACUAGGGGACACUGAGACACUAAGGACACUGAGACACUAUGGACACUAAGAGACACCAGGGACACUGGGAGACAUGGAGCACUGAGACACUGUGAUACAUAGGGGACACUGUGAUACAUAGGGGACACUGGAGACUUGAUAAAGACCUGGGUACAGGACGAAACAUUGUGGUGUCCAAUAAACCUGCUUAAAUCUAUCACAGUGAGAGCCUGAGAUUUUUUUAUUUUAUGCUAGGGGACACUGAGACACUGGGAGAUAUGGGGACACUGGGAGACAUUGGGACACUGGGAGUCUAGGGAACUUUGGGAGACUAGGAAACACUGAGACACUAGGGACACUGGCACACUACGGACAAUGAGAGACACCAGGGACACUGAGAUACACUGGCUGGGAGACUUUGGGACACUGGGAGUGCCCCAUGUCUCCUAGGUCUCAAAGUCGCACAGGGUCCCCAUGUCUCUCAGUGUCCCCUAGUGUUUCAGUGUCCCCUGGUGUUUGUAUCCCAAUGUCUCCCAGUGUCCCUUAGAGUCUGUGUCCCCAUGUCUCCUAGUGUCCCCGUGUCACUAGGACACUAGGGGACACUUAGAGACCAGGGGACACUGGGAGACUCUGGGAGACUAGGGACAUAGACACUAGGGACACUGAGAGACAUGGGAACACUGGCUGGGAGACAUGGGGACACUGAGAGACUAGGUGUCCCUUGUGUUCCCUUAGUUUCUCAGUGUCCCCAUGUCUCUUAGUGUCCUAAUGUCUUAGUGUCCCCAAGUCUCUCAUCGUCCCCAUGUAUCAAUGUUUCCCCUAGUAUCUCUGUGUCCUCAGGUCUCCAAGUGCCCUCUAGUGUCUCAGUGUCACCAAGUGUCCCUAUGUCUCUCCCAGUUUCCCCUAGUGUCUGUGUCCCCAGGUCUCCCAGUGCCCCCUAGUGUAUCAGUGUCCCCUAGUGUCUCAGUUUCCCUGGUGUUUCCAAGUGUUCCCUAGUGCCUGUGUCCCCAUGUCUCCCUGUAGCCUUUCCCCCCAUCCCACACUUACCUGAGUUGUUGACUGUCUUUGAAUAGUUUAUUCUCUGUUUUUUAUGCUCUCUUUUAGGCAAUGUAUCGUCAUAUGUCGAUAUCUUGGAGCGGGAAAAGAAACAUUUCCGUAACACUUUUUAUCCUUAUCUUUUGUCUCUUCUAUCAUUCUGCCCAUUGUGUUUUGUACAUUGAGAGAAAGAAUAAAAUAAAGUAAAUAUUCAUGUAAGAACAGGACAAAACAUCUACCAAAAGAAAAAAAUCACGAAAAACAAAUAUAUCUUAACACAUAUUCUAACACGAGCUUAGCUAAUUACUACAGUUGACAUCCUACUAAUCCUACAAAUCACUGAGCUGACCAAGAUUAGUGGAACAACAGUACAUGUGUGUUAACACAUUAACCUAACACACUAAUCCUAGCCUAAAUAUCACGUAAUGUAAAAGUUUCAUGACAGCAAAUCGUGUAGUAUGGGAAAAGACCUAUUGAUGUUCUGGGGACAUUUGUAAGCCACUUGAUUUUCAGUCUUUUCACCAUAGAGAGUCUGAGACACACACACACACACACACACUAACACCAAAUACCACAUUAAAUUCAGUAAAUUUAAAUUUUUAGAGAUUAAAUGUUAUGUGUGCACCCCUACAUAUUGUGCAUGGCAUGCUUAGAUAUAGUCAAUAAUUCUUUCAUGAAUGCUGUGCCUUAGGCAAGGUUUAUGUUUUCCUAUGAUCAGGGCUGCACUGGGAAAAAGAUUUGGCCCAGGCAUUUUUAAUCACAGUGGCCCACUUAAAGGCGGCAGGGUCAGAUAGGGUGUGUUUUGUCAUCCCCAAUGACUAGCACGCCCCAUCUCAAAGUGAGCAUGUUGCCUCUUCCAGGGCAGACCAUGUGCAGAGAUCUAGCAUGAGAAAAAGGCCCUGUAUUUGUUCUUCGCAGUGCAAGCAAAUUUAACAACAUGCUUUCGUUGUGUUUGCUUGAAACUCGUCUCCAGGGACGGACAGGGAAAAAAAUUCGGCCCGGGCAUUUUUUUAUCACAGCGGCCCACUAAGAAGGGGGCGGGGCAGAGAGGGUGUGUUUUGUCAUCACUCAUGACAAUCACGCCCCCUCUCAAAGUGAGCAUGUUGGUUCAAUGCUCUUCCAGGGCAGACCAUGCACAGAGCUCUGCUGAAGAGCUCUAGCAUGAGAAAAAAGCCCUGUAUUUGUUCUGCGCAGUGCAAGCAAAUUUAAUAACAUGCUUGCACUGUGUUUCCUUGCAACUUGUCUCUGGUGUCUCUAUAAAUAGAUACCAGGAGACAAAAGGGCCAGGAAAGACUAUUGUGCAUGUGUUUGGAGCCUGCUUGGGGUAUUGCGUGUGUGCAGAGUGAGCUGGUCGUGGUGUGGUAUUGUGUAAUAAGGUCUGUUUUACUCGUGUUGUGUUUGUGGUGUAAUGUAAUGCAUAUGUGGCUAGGGGCUUUAGAGAAUGUGUGUUUAGGGGAUGUAGCAAGUGUGUGUAUACAGGCUAUAGUGUGUGUGUGUAGGUGAUGUAGUGUUUGUAGAGAGUGUGUGUUCAGGGAAUGUAGUAUGUGUUUGCUUACAAGGAAUCUAGUGUGCGUAUAGGGGAUCCAGAGUGUGUGUGUUUGAAGGACCCAGAAUAUGUAUAGGAGAUCUAGUGAGCGUGCGUAUAUAAUGGAUUCAGAGUGUAUAUAGGGAUCUAGUGUGUGUAUGUGUGUAGAUGAUCCAGAGUUGGGUAGAGGAUCUAGUGUGUGUCUGGAAUGAAAUGUGUUUAGGGGUGCUGUGUGUGUGUGUGUGUGUGUGUGAGGGGUGCUGUGUGUAAAUUUAUAUGUGUAUAUAUAUUAUAUAAAUAUGUUUGGAAGUAUUGUGUAUGUGUGUGAUGCAGUGUAUCGGGGGGGUUGUGUGUGUGUAUGUGAGGGGUGCAGUAUGUGUGUGUGAUGGAUCCUGUGUAUGAGGUGUGGGUGCUGUGUGAGGGUGCUGUGUGUGUGAGGGUGCUGUAUGUGUGGGUGCUGUAUGUGAUUGAUUUGUGUGAGGGUGCUGUGUGUGUGGGUGCUGUGUAUGAUGUGUGUGAGAGUGUUGUGAGUGCUGAGUGUGAGUGCUGAGUGUUAUGUGUUUGAGAGUGAUGUGUGAGAGUGCUGAGUGCUGUGUGUGUGUGUGUGUGAUAGUGCUGUGUAUGUGUGUGAGAGUGCUGUGUGUGUUGUGUGUGAGAGUGCUGUGUUUGUUGUGUGUGAGAGUGCUGUGUGUGUUAUGUGUGCAGAGUGUGAUGUGUGUGAGAGUGCAGAGUGUGAGAGUGCUGUGUAUGAUGUGUGUGAGAGUGCAGAGUGUGAUGUGUGUGAGAGUGCUGUGUAUGAUGUGUGAUGUGUGUGAGAGUGCAGAGUGUGAUGUGUGUGAGAGUGCUGUGUGUGAUGUGUGUGAGAGUGCUGUGUGUGAGAGUGCUGUGUAUGAUGUGUGUGAGUGCAGAGUGUGAUGUGUGUGAGAGUGCUGUGAGUGUGAGAGUGCUGUGUAUGAUGUGUGUGAGAGUGCUGAGUGUGAGAGUGCUGUGUAUGAUGUGUGUGAGAGUGCUGAGUGUGAGAGUGCUGUGUAUGAUGUGUGUGAGAGUGCUGUGUAUGAUGUGUGUGAGAGUGCAGAGUGUGAUGUGUGAGAGUGCAGAGUGUGAUGUGUGAGAGUGCUGUGUAUAAAUGUGUGUGGGGGGGGGUAAAUAAAGAAAUAAAUAAAAAAAACUAAGUAGGCAUUAAAUCCCCCCUCCCUCUUACCUUUAGCCUGGGAGGGGGGGACAGGCACGUGGUAGCUGGGAGGAGGGGGACCGGCACGGUGACAUCAUCCCUGGUGGUCCAGUGGUGAGUGAACUCUAGCCUGAGGGCUAGAGUUCACUCUCGCGAGAUCGGCGCGUUGCCAUGGCAAUGCGCCGGAUCUCGUGAGAGGAACCGGGCGGAGCUACAAGAUAGCGCUCCGCCGAGUCCUCUCCCUCCCCAGCCGCAGGUCUAUUGAAAUGGGCCGGUGAGGGAGAUCUUUGAUCUCCCCACCGGCCCUCCAUGGCAAACAGCGGGGCCGGCGCUCGGAUAGUGCCGGCCCUGCAUAGACCGGCAGGGGAGAUCCUGUGACCUCCCCUGCUGGCCUCGGCCCAUGGCCACCGCGGCCCACCGGGCAUUUGCCCGGUGUGCCCGAUGGCCAGUCCGGGCCUGCUCGUCUCUGGUGUCUCCAUAAAUGGGAUAACCUGGAGACAAAAAUGCCAGGAAAGAGUACUGUGCAUGUGUUUGGAGCCUGCUUAGGGGAUUGCGUGUGUGUAGAGUGAGCAGAUUGUGGUGUGGUUUUGUGUUACUAGGUUGGUUUCAGUCAUGUUGUGUUUGUGGUGUAAUGUAAUGUAUGUGUGUCUAGGGGCAUAGUGUGUAUAGGAAAUGUAGCGAGUGUGUGCAUACGGGCUAUAGUGUGUGUAUAGGUUAUGUAGUAUGUGUAGGGGUUAAAGAGAGUGCGUGUUUAGGGAAUGUAGUAUGUGCUUGCUUACAAGGAAUCUUGUGUGUGCAUAGGGGACCCAGAGUGUGUAUGUCAGAAAUGUAGUGUGUGUAGAGGGAUCAGAGUGUACAUAGGGAUCUAGUGUGUAGAUGAUCCAGAGUUGGGUAAAGGAUCAAGUGUGUAUCUAGAAUGUAAUGUGUUUAGGGGUGCAAUAUGUGUGUGAGGGGUUCUGUAGUAUAUAUACCUAUAUGUUUGGAAGCAUUGUGUGUGAGAGUGGUGCAGUGUGUUUGGGGGCUGCUGUGUGUAUGUGUGAGGUGUGCAGUGUAUAUGUGUAAGGGGUGCAGUGUGUGUGAAGGUGCUGUGUGUGAAGGUGCUGUGUGUGUGUGUUUGUGUGAGGGUUCUAUGUGUGUUAGAGUACUGUGUGAGGGUUCUAUGUGUGUGUGUGUGUAUGUGAGUCAGGAUGCUGUGUGUGUAUGGAGGGAUUGUGUGCUGGGGGGAGGCAGGUUGAUGCCAAUAUAUAUGUAAUUAUUUUUUAAUAAGAAAAAACAAGCAUUGAUGGCAUCCCUCCUCCUUUCUUAACAUUAGCCUGGGAGGGGGGAAAGUACUGACAUCCCUGGUAGUCCUAGUGGUGAGUGAACUCUAGCCUGUGGGGCUAGUGUUCACUCUCGCGAGACCAGGAGAGUUGCCAUGGCAGGCUCCGGAUCUCGAGAGAGGAACCCAGCGAAGCUGCAAGAUAGAGCUCCCCGGGUUCUCUCCUCUCUCCCUCCAUCCCCAGCUGGCGGCCGCAUCACACUGACUUCUUUGAUCUCCUCACUGGCCCGUCUUGGAAUAGAGUGGGGCCGGCACUCAGAUAGCACGGGCCCUGCAUGAAUUGGCCGGGGGGAUCCUGUGUUAUCCCCUGCCGGCCUCAGCCCAUGGCCAUCGCGGACCACAGGGCAUUUGCCCGGUGUGCCCGAUGGCCAGUCCGGUCCUGCCUAUGAUAUACAGAUAUAAGACAACUACUGAAAAAAAAAUGCAUGUAGUAUAACACAGACUAGACUAGUGUGACGAAACGCCUUUUGUCACCGGAUUUUCCCCUGGCUGUUGGAGGAGCCUGAUUGCCAGCCUGACUAUGGCCCUGGGUUAUUUGGCCCUUCAAGUACAAUAUUUGGGCAUAUUGGAUUUGUAUGGUGCUGCUGCUGGCCCUUUAAAAACCAUCCCUGGACAUAUUAUGACUUUUAGGAACGAUGUCCCUUUAAGACUGUGUAGCAGAUUGCAUUCAGGCGGUCUGCAAUAUUAUAUAUGCUAUUAUGUGUUCGGUAAAUUGGAAAUGUGUAGGUUCUACGUGAUAAAUGUAACAGUAUGUAUUUUUAUGUCUUUUGUUGUCCUUUGUCUGCCAUGUGGCUAAUGGAGUUUUGCCUCUGUCCUUGGAGAUAAUUGCAUUACUUCUCAAUUAUCUCCAGAAUAGAAGACUCUGAAACCAGUUUGGGCCAGAUAUCCAUGCUGCCAGCCAGGCCCCAAAAGAUACUUGUGCUAACUUCUGCACCCCUGGUCUGAUUCAGGCCAUUUUUUAAUAUGUUGUUCCCCUGAAUGGAUUGAUUGUGAAUAUGUAGUUUUAUGUGAAUGUGAUGUUUAGUUUUAGAGUUAUGAAAGUUGGGUAAAAAGUAUGUUUUAAAAUGUAUGGAUAAUUGGGUUACCUCUCAGGCUAAGGGGAGGAGAUGUGUGGGAUGUAACCAUUGUGUGAUUGGUUGUACUGUGUCCCACCCAGUGGAAUGUCCCCUUGCAUGGGGACCUGCAUAAAAGAAGGUUCUUUGUGUGCCAAUCAUCUUGUACCUUCAUGAAGUUUUGGCUCAUGUUUGGGGGAUUGGAGAAACUACACUCUGGGGAUUGCUAUAAUCACUAUACUCCCCAGGGUAUAAUCACUAAGCUCUGCUAAGAGCUUGUUCCUGUUCCUGCUCUCUGGAAUUCGGAGAGAGGUCGACCUGCUGGAAGCUGGACCCUGGUCCUGGGUCCAGAGUGGGUGGAGACGGCGAGACCCCAACCAAGCUGCGGCGGUUCGUGGGGUCUGCAGUGGUUAUGGUGUCAGGCAGAGUGCUUGGAGUCCUCGGAAAGCACUAGGAGCAUCCGUCGGCGGAAGGUACCCGGUCGGGGUGCCAGCGGUUCCGUUACAACUAGAAACUAUUUCAUCUAGAAGAUGCUGUUUAAUGUCUAAUAUAAUAAUUUAUGGGGGGGUGUGGCCGGGUUGCUGACUAAGUUGGCUGCUUCAUCUUGUCGCUCCUCUGAUCACGAAAACCUGCAAACAAAACCUGCUAUGAGGAAGAGCUCGAGAACCAUGGGUACCCCUAAAGCCUUGGGGUCCAAUCCAACUUCUUUGCAUACUUCCAUGAGGCCUUACCUGGCCAUACCGACAGAUCUUGCCUCCUAACCAGCCCCUGAGGCCUUCUCCUGCUCAGAGUCCUCGAUGCCGCAAUCGGCCUCAUCGAGCAGAGAUGCACCUUCGGCGACGCCUCCGUCCAACUGGCUAACCCUCAUCAACUCAUCAAAGCGCUCCUGACACGUGCUGACCUCAAAGAUGCUUCUAUCAGGGCCGACCUCCAGAUAAUGAGAUCUGAUCUCCAGAGACUUUCGACUGCAUGGCACAUGUUGAGGCCAACCAUGACAAUCUCAUGGCGGCCCAGAUGGCCACUACAUCUACCCUAGAUCUAUCCACAUUGCGGAUCUCGUCAAUAGAGGGCACCGCCAUAACCCGAGACUGUGCGGCCUACCUACAUCCAUGCAGCAACUCAUUCAGAGUCUGACUAUGAUAUUCAAUACUCUCCUGCAAUUGACUUUGUCAGGGAAUACAAGGAAUUGCAACCGAGGGGGCCUACGGAUUCUCCCCCAAGAGAUCUGAGAUGUUGUCUCUCGCAUUAUGCCCUUAAAGAGGAUAUACUGCAAAGGGCGCAUAAAACAGUCGCCAUCUCACACGACGGGCAUUCCCUUCAAUUGUUUCUAGACUUCUUCAGGCAACACUAGGCUAUCGCAGGGCCCGUAAGCCCCUAACCUGAGCUCUGGUCUUGCAAAAGCUGCACUACAGAUGGACUUUCCCGACUGGCCUGGUGGUCUUUGCUCCUGAUGGCCCCAGAUCUAUCCGGAAUCAACAAGACUUUAAAGAUCUAUCGGCCAUAGUUUAACUGAAAACCAUCCACAUGAACUGGCCUGACCCUGGACUUUUACCUCCCCUCGCCAUCGUUCCAGAUGGAGCUGAAUUCCACAUAGAUGACUCAGGCCACGUACUGGUUACUAAUCAGAGUCAUGACAGGGGGUGGGUAGCUAAAUGGACUUAUGGUCCCCCUUACAACAUUCUUUGAGACAUGACCUGAAGGAUAAUGGCAGUCAUGAUCCGGCCCAGGAUUACCUUACUACACCUGGCCUGACCUGCGCUGGUUCUCACUGGGUGGGAUGGGUACUGGGGCUCCCCUUGUGGCAGAAAAUAUGGAUUUGUACACAGAGGCCACCACACCAGGAACUGCUACCUGUGCGGGAGCGGAUUGGGGAGGAUGCCGUUGGUGGGACUCAUAUGUUGUGUAACUGCACUGUCUCCCCGGGACGGGGGGCCCUGGGGACGUCUGCUGAGAGUGGGUGCCUUGGGCCCCUCACAAAGUAGAUUCUUUAGUGGAACACGGGAUUGCAUGCCCCUUUGCCGUUCUCUCCAUCCCCUCUAUAUGACGGUAUAGGCAGUGGCAGGCAGGGAUUUGGAAGGGGGUAUUUGGGAGUCGUUGACUUAGGUAGCCUAGAGGGACACUGAUGGCGCUAUGCCUUCUCCUUACACUUACACCAGGACUGAUUGGGGAGGGGAUACACAAGUUUAGAUCUCGCUUGAUGAGGGACCUGAGUUAAAGCCAAUGUAUGAUAUCAAUGUAUAUAGUUUGAAGGUUCUCUUCUUACUGGUUCCUAAGGGACCUAACUUAUUAGACACGUUUUCAACGUUCUGUGACAUGAGAUGGCCGGGAUCCCCUUUGUGGAGUUCCCUUUCCAUGAAGGUUUUAUUACGUCUCUUCAGGCGAGGCUGCUCCGCAACACCGAGACCGACAGUCAUUGGAGUUCUGGUUCCGGGUUAUUUAGUUCUGUUUAGAAAUUAAAGCGGCCUGGCUGCGCUUCCCACCUGACCUGGGUGUCAGAUUUGUAGUAAAGCAUUUAGGUGACAUGACAGGUUUGGUUCACAAACUUUGACCCAACUGACACCUUUGUCUCAUGACUAUACAACUUUGCCCUAGUUUGCUUUGGGAGACACAUCCAGACACCAUUUUGUGUCUCAUGACUAUACAACUUUGCUACUGCCCUAGUUUGCUUAGGGAGACACAUCCCGACCCCUCCAUUCCCCUUUUUUUCUUCUUCUUCCUUCUCUUUCUUUUUCUCUCCUCUCUCUCGCAUUUUCCACAUCAUGGCGCUUAGCCCUACUGUGACGAAGUGCCCUUCACCACUUGGUCCUGGAGAAGCCUACUUGCCAGCCUCCUCCCCUGUGACUAUGACUCUUUGAUGUAUUUGGAUUUAAAGACCCUAUUCUACCUUCAGACAGACUAUUUAUGUAGGUUGCUUUAUUUCUCUUAUGUUUUAGUCACCCUGUACCCAUUAUAGGUGCAGGGUGUGUGUAAUGUAAUUGUUUAUAGUGUGUGUGUGUGUACUGUGUAAUGUAUUGCCUGCUCUCCUGUACUGCUGCAGUUUGCUACCAACUAG